CGCGUCGCUUUAUUUCCAAGGUUGUUUUCUCUCUCUCUCUCCAGUACAGAACGUCUUAUCACGGCGUCCGUUUCUGCAGUUCAGACCUGUUUGAAUUAGAUAACAAAAAAACAGCCAAGCCAAAGUCAUAUACCGUCGUGUCGAUAAAAAUGUGAAACAACAACAACCGGAUCACUUGUGUGUCAUUUAUGACGAGCACGUCGUGCAGAAAACGGAACAAUUGGAUAAACAAAAGGAUGGAAGAAGAAAAAACAAAAGUUUCGAAAUUUCUACUGCCAGUGAGGUGCCGCCGCCGUAGCUUAGGGCUAUUCCCCUCCUCGUGAACCUUCGUGUUUUCUUAUUUUUCCCGUUGUGUCUGGUAGUGCUGGCCGUGAUAGAGACUCAUCUCUCUCUCGCAGCGUUGCCAGACUGUGCGUGCAACAAACGCACGUGUCCCACUAUUUUGUCGGGGUGGCUGAUACCACCACCGCCAUCCACCUGUGAUCCGAUAGGCUCCUCCUCUUUUGACUCUCUCUCUCUCCCCACCCACACAGGUAGACAACAAACGCUCGUACACGUACCUCUCUCUCUCUCUGCUGUUGACUCUCCAUACUUUACCUGUGCAGUUCGGGAGCGUGAAACUAGUCAACGGCCGUGUGUCUGGCCGACUUGUUGGUUUCCCCUCCGCCGAAGAAUUUUCUCUCACCUGUGAUUUCUUAGACAUUCCGUUACUUUUAUUUUUAAAUAUUUCCGUCCCAUUUCCCAAAUUGAUUUCAUUUCGUGAUUUCCAUCGAGUGCUUUCAAUCAUUCCUAAUCCGGGCGCCAAUUCAUUGCUUCAAUGAUGGAAAGCAACAGCCCCGGUGGUCAAUCCGGCGGAGUAGUAGGAGGAGAUGAGGAGAUGAAGAAGAAACAAGAGGCUCGUCGGGCCCGGUCCCGAUCCAGGACCAGAACGGGUCUGUCGUCGAGGGUCAAUUUUUUCGAAUCGGGCGCCCAGGAUCGCAACCGGAAGCGAUCGCCCAGCAAGUCGUUUGAUCGCACCGACAGCAGCUUGGAUAUCUCCAUGGAGGAUUCCGGAUCGGGCAAGAUGGAGGAUUCCGUCUUUGAUCAAUCGGAAAUCGACCAGCUAGAACGGGAAAUCAUUUUACGCCGGCAGCGGCUGUCGCGACGGGAAGACGAAGAGGAACGCCAACGACGUCCGGCCGUUUCGCUUCGCCGGGUCGUGUCGCCGGUCCGGGUCGAAUCGGUGGCCAUGGCCUCCUCCUCUUCCUUCCAUUCCGCCACACAUCAGGUGGUCAAUCAGCAAUUCGCGACUGAAGUUUACAUCAGCAGCUGGACGGAGCGGACCGCCGCCUCUAGUGGGGGACGUUCUUCCGAUCCGGCCAUCCAGACGCCACCCACUCCACCGCCCCGCGACGUUUCGCAACCCCCCUGGCGUUUAGCCCGUCGUUCUGAACCCGCAACGACGGCGACGAGUCCGGAAUCAUCGACUCCUCCGUUCGCUUCUCCGACGACGCCGACGUCGGCGUUCACAAAAUACCAAGAAUGGCGAACCAGACGCUUGACGAGCGCCGAAUCGGCCGAUCAAGUCGCUCCAUGGCGGAAGCAACAGCAGCAGCAGUCGCGUAGGGAACCAGGCCAGCUGGACACUAGUCCGUUUGGCGAAGUCAUCACGUUGCGUCGAGCCUCGGCUACCACCACCACCACCGCCACUAAUAAUAACGAGAGCGGCGAACAACAGAAUUCGCCGUCGAGUUCGCGGAAGAGUUCGCAACUUCCGCCUUGGUAUUCCGAGUACCGCACAGCCUCCCUGUCGCAAACGGCCUCGCGGAUGGAGGGUUUCCGUGUCGGUGGAAUCAAAACCCAUUACGAUUUUCACAUAACUCAAAUCAAAGAUGAGCAAGAACGGGUGCAAAAGAAGACCUUCGUCAACUGGAUCAACUCGUACCUCUCGAAGCGAGUUCCACCGCUUCGAGUGGACGACUUGAUCGAAGAUUUGAAGGACGGCGUCAGACUCAUUGCACUGCUGGAAGUCCUGGCCAACACCAAACUGCCAGUGGAGAAGGGCAAAAACAUGAAGAAGGCUCACUUUCUUAGCAACGCCGAUACGGCCAUGAAUUUUCUACGCUCCAAACAGAUUAAGUUGGUGAAUAUCAACCCGUCAGAUAUCAUCGAGGGAAAGCCCUCGGUCGUCCUUGGUUUAAUAUGGACAAUCAUUCUUUACUUCCAAAUUGAAGAAAACACAAAAAUAUUGGAGCUGGGCGUCCGUCCCAGCAGUUGUAGCAGUCUAGAGAGCAGCGCCGCGAGGGCCAGCCCAGCCCAGCUGCAACCACAAUAUCAAACAGAGAAGAGGUCAUCCCCUGUUCAGGCGGAAGCCCGACAGCCCGCACGUGAUAGGACAGGAGCCCGAAAAGCACUCCUCCAAUGGGCCCAAAACGCCACCAAACAAACCACCGGUGUGGUGGUGAACGAUUUUGGAACAAGUUGGCGAGACGGGACGGCCUUUAUCGCCAUCGUCAAUUGCAUUCAGCCGGGCGCCAUCGAUGCGGAAGCGUACCGCAAUGCACCCAAUCGAGUGCGACUGGAAGCGGCCUUCCAGGCGGCCGAACAGAAUUUGGGCGUCGCCCGUCUCCUGGACUCUGAAGACGUGGACGUCAACAAACCCGACGACAAAUCCAUCAUGACCUACGUGGCCCAGUUCCUUCACAAAUAUCCCGAGCCGAGCAAAGGUAAAAAGCCGGGCGAAUCCGGCGGCGGUGCUCCUUCGCUGGAACAGCAACAGUACCGCGAUUUCGUGGCUUGGCUCAACAGCAAAAACUCGUUGCUGGAACAACUGCAAGGCGGCAAGGGUUACGGUCUCGAGUACAAGGAUUACGAGCAGCUCAAAACGGAAUUCGAAGCCCAGCAUCGCGUGCUGGAGCACUUGCGGGCGGUGGUUCACCAACCUGGACGCGGCGUGCCCGGUGUGACUUACGAGUCGUGGCAGCAAGUCGAACUUUCAUGGCAGAAAUUAGAGACGCAGCUGCGCCACUGGCAAUGGACGCUGGACACGAGCUUACCGGGCGUGCUGGGCCAGGUCGGCGAGUGGCUCAACAACGCCGAGCAUCUCCUCUGCUCCGAGGACGUGCCGCCCAACUUUGACGACGAGGCGGCCAACGCUUUGAAAGUCAAAUUAGAUGAGCAUAAACAUUUUUUCGCCGAAUUGCCGGCCAUUAAGGCGGCCUUUGAAACCGCCGUUAGUGAUGCCCUGCCGGCUGGCGUGUCUGCUGGACAGAUCCAGGACAUUGCCGCCCGUCUGCAAGCCUUACCGGAGCGCGCCGGCCAUCGGGCGUGCCGCCUUCGCUUCCUGGAACAUAAAUGCUGCAUUUUGGCCUUUUUGGAUUUGACCGAAACCAAGCUCAAAUCGUGGUCCGUCCGCUACGGCACCGAAGAGACCAUCAUCCUCAUGUUGGAGCAGUACCGUGCCUUUGUCUCGCGCAAUAAACUCUUCCACGAGUUCGAGAAAGCCUUUGCCGAAAUGCAGCAGGUCGCCGAAGAGUACAAGCGCGACUCGCGCGCCAUGGAACUCCGUGAACUCAACGAGAUUGACCAAUUCAUUUACAGCUCGGGCGAAAGGUGGCGAGCCCUCUCCACCGGUCUCCGCUGCGCCCAGGGAAUCCUCGAAGAAGUCUUGACCUACUGGAAGCGAUGGAACGUUCAGUGUCCCACAUUCGAGCAGUGGCUCGACGUUGCCGAACCCACGCAGCUCGGCACAGACUCUGAAGAAGAGAAAAUGGAAUUCUUCCAGGAUAUUGGGACGUGGAAGGAGAAAUACGAGCAGCUGGGAGAGACGGCGGCCUUUUUGGUCACCACUUGCGAGCCCGGCAUUUCCAGAUCCAUCAAAAUGCGCAUUGACGAAAUCACGAAACGCUGGGAACUGCUGUUCGAUCGCGUCCGGCACUACCUCCACGCUGGAGAGAUCCAUCGUCACCGCAAAGAGUAUCGCCUGGGAUCGGAGAAAUUGGAGAAGUGGAUCGUCCGGGCCAAUGAACUUUUGUCUUCGGUUCCAGUCGGCAAUUUGGACGCGAUGAAGCGCUACGGCGACGAAUUGCAACAUCUCUACUCUACCACCGAUGAAAUGGAGCAGGUGCUAAAGGUCAUCAGUCGCCACUUUCAAUCGCUGGUGUCAGAGCUCAACACGGAAGAGCUGCAGGUCACCAGCAGUUCACUGAAACGACAAAAGGAGACACUGGUCCGCAUUAGAGCCCUGAUUGCCGUGCGGAUUCAACAAUACCAUCAACUGCGCACCCAGAAAGAAUCUCUGGAAGUCGGGAUCGUCGAGAUUGAAAACUGGCUGACUGAGGCCCAAAAAGCCCUGGAAUCGUUGAACAACCUGGACACGGAUCUAGAAGCCACUGUCCAGGGCCUGGAGAAACAUCAGGCAUUCUUCUCCCGUCUUGUCAACUACAAAUUGUUGCUGGACGACAAGUGGAAAGUGUUUGAAACCAUGAUCAGAUCCAGCCCGGCUCUGCCCUCUCAAGGUCCCAGUAGCGACGAUGAGGACUUGAUGGCCACCCGUCAGAAACUGGAAUAUUUAACGGCCGGAAUUGAAGAAGUCACCAACGAUUCACAUCAAUGGGAAGUCCGUCUAAUGGACGGCAUUCAAGCCUGGAGAUAUUACCAGGAAUCUCUGCGAUUGGCGACGCAAUGGAUCCAUCGUGCGGAAUCGCUUCUCAUGGCCGAGAAGAACGCCAACGCCCAGCAAUCGCUGGAAUUGCACGCCGCUUUCUUCAAUUCGAUCGACGAACGUCUGGUCAACAACCUUCAAACUUCAUCCGCACAGUUGCUGCAAUGGCUUCCGGCCGACUCGAUGCGGAAGAUGACCGUAUCGGAUGCUGCCGAAACGACGAUCGAGAACUGGCGACGUCUCAUCGGAUUGGCUCCUGUCCAUCGCAUGAAACUGGAAUUCUUGCUGGACCAAGACGCUUUUGCGCAAUUGGCCCGUGAUAUCGACAACCAAUUGGUGGCCGAACAGCAGGCGCUGGCCCUCAACGGCACCAACACGGCGCAAUUAUUGCAAGAACAUCUGGCCUGGUUCGGAACGUCAGCUGGACCGGUCGUUGGUCAAGCCCGCGUCUUAGUGGAGCGGCUGGAACACACGGCGGCGUGCAUCCCCGACCUGGAAAUCCAGCAGGCCUUUGAGAACGUCCGCAAUCAGUGGAACACGCUGAUGCAGCGGGCCGAUUGGCUCCUCGGCCAGCUACAGGCCAUCCCACAAAAGUGGAGCGAAUACGAAACUAAUUUCCAGGACAUGGUCAAAUGGAUGGACAAUGUGGACAAAAGUGUGGCCAGCAUGUCGGUCGAUGCAAAGUCGCUGGACAAUUUCAACCGUCUCCGCGAGGAGUUCCAGUCGACCUGCAGCGAUGUAGACGCCCGGCGUGAAAGCAUGAAGUGGCUAGUCCAGCGACUUGAUUCCAUGCUGAGCUACAAGUCGGAAGAAGAAGGCAACACGGCCCAGCAUCAGUUGGAAGAACUGAUUGCCCGCUACAAGAAUUUGGUGCUGGUCAUCGAAGCGACGCAAGGCAAAACCGACCUCCUCGCCAAGUGCUACACCUGCCGUCAAGACAUUCAAAAGGCUUGCGUUUCUUUGCAAGCCGUCCAGCCGUCCAGUCCAGCAGAUCAAGAAAGUAGCGAUUUGUUAUCGCUGGAUGACGACAUUCAGAAACAAGAGGCCGUGGUCAAACAACUCGACGGACAGCGAGUGGCCGUCGUCAGUCUACUGCAACGAGGCAAAGAUUUACAACACCACGCAGGAGCACCGGAAUUCCUGGCCGAACAAGUCCUGCAACUGGAAACAGUCUGGAACUAUACUUUCGACAUGGCGAACGAAAAAUUGAAGAAACUCAAAGGAUCUGGGCGCUUGUGGCGGGACUAUCAGGAACAAAAGGCCGACAUCAAUCAAUUGCUGCACAAGGCGGAAGAGGAAUUGAAACAGAGUUAUUCGAAUUUCGAUCCGCUUAAGAUCGGCAGUGAGCUCAAAGCCCGUCUCGAGGCGGGAGUUGAGAUGCGCCAAGCCACCGAAGAAAUGCUGAAGAAGAUGCGCCACAUCUUGGACGAUCUGAGCAACUGUGUCACUGUCGAGCAGCGCCGUGCGCUAGAGGAUGAAUUACGUGAGAUUGAAAGGCGGACUGAAUCCAUCCGUUCACUCAGUCUGGACAAAAUCGCGUUGCUGGAUGAAUUCAGCUCGCGAUUGAAGACGCUCAUGGGCCAGGUGGAAUCCAUCGUCAAUUGGCUUCAAAUGGCACAAAAGCUUCUCCAGCAGCUGCUCUCGUUGAAUCUGUCGCCGCAGGAACGUGUCAAGAGGACGGAAGAGCUUCAAUCUUCCAUCACCGAAAAGUUGGAACUACUUUUAACGAUCCAGCAAGAAGUCUCCGAAUUACUGACUAUGCAAGCAUCUGCAAAUCCUUCGGAAACUCCAUUGACUUCCCAGCGUCUACUAGGAGUCGAUGUGGCCGGCUUACGCAACACUAUUUCGCAAAUGAAAGUGGCUGUCCAGGAACAGAGUCAGAGCGUGUUUCAAGACAUGGAACACUGGCGGGAAUACGACGUGCAGGCCAACGAAGUGAAACCCUGGCUGGACGAUGCCGAGAAGAGGACGGCCGUAAUCAUCACCCGGCCCAGCAGCGUAUCGGAAAUGGAAUCGCUGCUGAACGCCGCUCACCUUUUUGAAGACGAAUGCAAACGACAGCUGACCAAAUUGCAACAAAUGUCGUCCCACUGCCAACAAAUGUUCAACCAGUCCAGCACUCGUGACGAAGUGGACGCUUUGCACAGUCGCUGGAACGGCGUUCACGACACGGUUCUCCAACAGCUUGAUCGUUUGGAACACUUGCAAGAGACCUGGAUUAAAGUCAUUGGUAAAAUGGAUUCGAUCGUGGAAUGGCUGGAUGCUGUUGAAGGUCAACUCGAUUCACUCCAUCAGCUUUCGUCCAAUCUGGGCAGUUUGGAAAAUCAACUCGGAGAUUUAAAGAAUGUCAUGAAAGGCGCAUCAGAAAAGCAGUCGGAUUUGAUCGUUCUGACCCAAGAAUGUGACACGAUUGUGCCCCAACUGUCACCAGAAGGAGCAGCUAAUUUACGUUGCCAGGUGAUGGACUUGAAAAGUCGGGUCUCCCAGUUAUCCGAUGCCGCCCGCCAUCAAAUCAACUCUGUUUCAGACGCUAUUGUCCAAAGGCAAGACUUACUCGGCCGGGAGACAGAACUUGUUCAAGCCUUCCGCGAGACGGAAGAGGGCUUGAAACAGCUGGGUGAAGUCGAUGCUGGCCGCUUGGAUGCUCCGUUGGAAAUGGCUCAUCGACUUUUACAACAUUUGGAAAAUCAGCAACCUCGAGUGAACGCAUUGCAGAGUGAAAUCGGACAACUUCAGGCCACUUGCACCGCCGAAGAAAGUCGCUUAUUAGAUAAUAAAUCUAAAGAGCUGGACGAAACCACAAAGGGUUUGGUGUCAAAACUCACUGGAAAGAACGAAUGUCUGAAGCGCUGGAACGCUUUGGCCGGCUGGUCACAGGCCGCCAACGACCAACUGAGUCAUGUUUUACAACAGCUUGAGGGGCAGAAACCUGGAGCCCAAGAACUUGCCCAUUUGUUGACUGAAGCCGAUGAAGUGCAGACUCAAUGUGAGGCCCAACUCAGUCAAUGCGCUGACCUCGACCAACUGACUAGUUCCAGCGGAACGGUCAUCAAACAAGGGCUAUCUCCAAAACCUUGUACUGUCGCCAGUUUCGUCGGUCAAGUGGAAAAACAAAUCGGUCGAGUCCGUGACCUGGUGACAGACCGCACCAACCAAAUCCGCCAGCUGGAUGAGAAAUGGAGUCAAUUCGAAAAGGAAAGAGACGGAUUAUUAAAACAGCUGCAGGCCAUUAAGUCCAAUGCCGACGGACUGUCAGCAUCCGAGAACAAUCAGAAGGGAGUUGAACGUUUCCUACCGGCCAUCAGCUCACUUUUGGACCAGACGAAACAGCUCGAAACCAAUAAAGAAGCGCUCCAUAAAGCCGGAAAAUACCUGACGCAAUUGAGUUCAGCUACUCUCGGUUCGGUUCAAAGCAAAUUGAGUUCCGUGGACAACGAGUUUGAUGUCAUUCAGCGCAAACUACUGGAACAACAGACCCAAUGCAACGACAUUCUCGGAUUAUGGAAGGAGUGUUCCGAUGCUCGAGGACCUCUUUACACCGUCAUCAGUAAUGCUGGGCAAGUGCGCAUCGACAAUCAAGAUCGACAACCCGACGACUUGAACGAGGCCGUCCAAUUGAGUGACCAAUGCCGCAAAUCUGUUGAGCAGCUGAGAAAGUUCCGUGCACCCUUGGAUUCGUUCGUUAUUAAGAGCGGAUAUUUGCACGAUAGGCUGGAUCACCUUCCAGGCUUUGACUCACGCCUGCUGCGCGAGGAAGUGGCCGACAUGCAGCAAGAAUGGACCGAAGUUCAGUCUGCUCUUGCUGGUCGAAUUCAAACGCUUGAUAUGCAACAAGUCGUGCUACGGCAAAUAGCUAAUCUAAAGGAGGAAAUUCUCAACUGGACCAGCGAUUCCAGGGAGGCUUUGGACGAGGCUCUUUCACAACCGACCGACUUGGAUUUAAUGGAAUUGAAACUGAAGAAAGUGAAGCAGGAGCUACCAACCUAUCAGAGCACCCGCGACAGCAUUCGUGUCAAAAUAGAACAGUUGUAUGAGUUAUGCCAAGGCUACUGUCCAACUUCCAUCAACAGUCUCCAGGACCUGGUCGACAAAGAAAUUAAUCAAACACAGACGCUCUGCGGCCAACUGGAAACGUCCAUCACGAAGACGAAACAAGAAGAGGAAGAUUUGUACCGUGAUCUUAAGGCCUUGACUGCUCAAAUCGGAGAAAUGAAAUCAGAGCUAAAAAGCUGCGAGGAUUUGAUGGGCCCUGAUGAGCAACUGGCCCAGCAGUUCCUCGUGUGUCAACAGAUUUCUACAAGAUAUCCCAAUCUUCAAGAAUCGCUCAAGAAAUUGAAGAAACGAUGUUCCAAAUUGGAGUCCCUUGGUGGGUCGGCCGGCGAGGCCUUACCUCUAGCCAAGGAAUUGCGAGCCGUACAGAAACAAACAGAUGGACUAGGAGCUCAAAUAAAGAAGUUAAGUGAAGGAUUACAUGGCAUGCUUCAGAAGCGCUUCACGGAGCGUAUGGUUAUUGUCCAGCGAACCAUUGCUAGUUGUCGUGACAAGCUUGAAUGGUGCUCAUCGGAGCCUAGUUCCGAUCGUUUCGGCAUCGAAGCAAAAUUGGACGCCCUGCAAGCCAUCGAAGUUGGUCUGGUGGAUGCCAACGACAAGUUUACCGAAGUUCGAAGUGUCGCAGCUGCUUUCGCCUCGAUAUCGGAGAGCCAAAAAGCUGAAAUCGAGUCAUCCGUCAAGGAUAUGGAGAAGAAGCUUCGAAUUUUGCAAGAGGAUUGCAACGAUAAGCGGCAAUCGAUCGAUCACAAUAACGACUUACUCCGUCGUUUUGAACUCAUGUCGGAGAAUGCGUCGGCAUGGCUGCGAGAUGUGGAAUCGCUGAUUCGCAAUGAAACAGUCAGCCAGACCGGACUGGAACAAUUACCCGACAAGAUUAAAGCAAUCACCGAUUUAUACACCGACAUUGAAAGUCAUCGACCUGAUAUCGAUGAAGUCAAACUCAUUGCAGACCAGGUUAUGGCCAUGAUGCCCGAGUCACAUGUGUCCCAUUUCAGCAAUCACCUAGCCAUGCGAUUUGCAACUGCUCUCAAAUUUGUCCAAUCCUGUCUGACCAAGCAGAAGACUCUUCAAUCCGCAUAUCAAGAAUACCAAACGGCACUGCAACAAAUGGAAGCUUGGCUGCAAUCCUCCGAUGAGCAGCUGCGCAUCCACGAAAAGGACGUCACGGCCGUUCCAGGAUCUAAACCCAGUUUAGCUUACCAGUCUAAAUUGCAAGCGCUGAAGCAGUUUAUGGAACAGAAAGAUGAAGGGCAAUCACUACUCAAUCAGGCCGUGCAUACCGGUGACACUCUGGUGCCGAACAUCACGGCAGACGACAAGUCAGCCAUCCGGGCAGCUUUGCGUAACCUUCGUGAUCGCUGGGAAUCGCAUCUGGAUCAAGUGAACAGUCUCUACAAGAAAGUGGAAGGUAUUAUCCUGCAGCUCUCGUCGUUCGAUGACAGCUGUCGUCAAAUUAGGCGCUGGAUCGAAGAGACGAGAAAACGUCUGAACGAACCGGACAUUGAAGAAGAGGAAGAAGAAUCCAGUCAACCGAAUGUCCAGGAUGUUAAAGAACAAUUGCAAACGUUCAGAAUUUUAGCGCAAGAUGUUUUGUCACAUCAGAGUCUGAUCAGUCGACUUCGUGAACGUCUCCAGGAGAUAUCCAAUCCGGACGCGGCUGCCACCGUUGACGACAUUGCGGCCUCCUACCAGCGACUUGUCGCCGAAAGCCAAGAGCGCGUUGCAGUGCUGGAGAAACAGGCGGCCGAUUACGACGCUUACGUCUACAGCAUCGAGACUUUCCGCGAUUGGUUAACUGGAUUGUCGGCUGACCUUACACUUACAGAAGAAGGCGUAACGGACAAAGCAUCCGCCGAGACUAAAUUGAGGGUCAUUUCGGAGCUUCUGCAGCAGCGUGAAGAAGGUCAGAAACUUUUGGAACGUUGUGAAUCCUGUUUGCAGCAAUGUUUGCAAUCGGCUGGAUCUGCCAUGGGCCAACUCGAUCCCAAAGUUGAAUUUGAAAUUCAACAAGCCAACUGGGAAGCAUUUUUAACCGAGUGCCAGGAGCGCAAUGAACGUCUAGUAUCCGUGUGCUCCCGCUGGAGUGCUUUCGAAGAGACGGCACAAAAUCUAGCUCAGUGGCUCCGCCAGAUGGAAGGCCGCGUCCAAGAUCAAGCCCUCAAAGCGACUGUGGCUGCUAAAGAAGCGCAUUUAGAGAAACUCAUCGGAGCCCAGUCGGAAAUUGCCGAAAAGGAACCGGAAUUUACUGCCAUUUUGCAACUGAGCCAGCAGAUCGAAGGCGACUCUUCUCUUCAAGUGCAAGUGCCUCAAAUGAUGGCCCGAUACCAGACACUAAUUGGAACUGUCCGCGAGAUGAUUACGCGUUAUCAGCAAUACGUCAAAGAGCACCAGGAUUUCAACUGCAACUACGCGGAUUUCACGAAGAAAAUGGAAGAUCUGGCCGAACGCUUGGAGUCGUGCCGCGAGAUUGUUGGAGAUUACAAGAUCCUGCAAGAAAGAAGAGCAAAUCUUGAACGACUACAAGAUGAACGUCUGGAAUUGGACAAGAGUGCUGAUGCCCUGGUCGACAUGGGUGAAAAGUUGUACGUACACACAGGACCUGACGGCCGAGAGAUGCUUCGUGUUCAAUUGAAAGUGGUGCGAGAGAAAUGGGAGGCCGUAUGUGAUGACCUAGCCACAACGGCUACCGACCUGGACCAAUGCCUCCUACAGUUUUCUGAAUUUUCUGCCAGCCAGGAGCAAUUGACUCGUUGGCUCAAAGAGGUUGAGCAAUCCAUGCUUCAGCAUUCUGACCUCAAAUCAACUCUCCAAGAAAAACGCGCACAGCUUCAGUCCCACAAAAUCGUCCAUCAGGAGAUUAUUGCCCACCAAGCGCUGGUUGAUUCAGUUUGCAGCAAAGCUCAACAGCUGAUCGAUCAGACUCAAGACAAAUCCCUCAGCGUUUACAUCACUUCUAUUCGACAACUGUUUGUUAACAUCGUCAGCAAAUCAGACGAGUUGAUGAAUCGUUUGGAAACCUGCGUCAAAGACCACACGCAACUCAGUUCUUUGGUCAAAUCGUUCCAGGAUUGGAUCACCUGUUUCCGUGACGAGGUGCAAGGCUUGUCGGAAACGGUCGGCGAAAAAUCGGAAACCAAGAAGAAAAUCAAAGCUCUUGAAGAUUUGCAAGGAAGACAAGAGCAAGGUCGUUCCAAGUUGGAAGAGAUCCAGUGUCUGUGUUCGACCGUAGUGGCAUCCACUUCGCCCCGCGGUUGUGAAUUGCUGGCCAAGACCGUUGCCAGUUUGCAGGAAGAAUUAGAAACUGUAUCGACCAAUCUGCAAGAAACCAAACGCACCCAAGAAUCAAUCCUUCAACGAUGGCAAUCAUUUGAAGAAGGCCUGGAAUCCUGCAACCAGUGGUUGCGUAAACAAGAAACUGCUUUUGGUGAACAGGCCCUACAGGUGACUUUGCCUGACAAAGAGGCUAACCUAGCCAUUUUCCAAGUGGCACGUGACACCAUCACUGGCUACGAGCCCGAAGUUGAUGCCUUUGUAGAUCAAGCCACAGCCUUGUUCCAGUCGAGCGGUGUCGAGAGACUUCGCCCAUUGAUCAGCCAAAUCAGUUGCAAAUAUCAACAGUUGCACGUCCAGAGCAAAGAAGUCGUCUCCAAGUGGCAGGGAAUCGUUGACGAUCAUCGUCUUUAUGAAGAGAAAUUCUUCGAAACGGUCGCUUGGAUCACUUCAUUGGAGGACAUUUUGGAGUCGUUGUUGAAAUUCAAGGAUCAAUCGGAAACCGGCGGUACUACUAUCAUCGGUGUCCAGAAUUUGAUGGCCGAAAAGGAGCAAGCUUCACAUCGCCUUGGCUCGCUGACUUCAGCCGGUGAGCGACUUUUCCCCGAAACUGCAUCCGCUGGUCGCGAGAAGAUUCGUCAGGAUCUUAAGCUUUUGCGGAUACGUUGGGAGGAGUUGGAACGACGACUAAGUGAACAGCACAAGAGCCAGGAACAACAGCUUCAACGUCUGUCUACUUAUCAAGACGGAAUUGUUCAGAUUAGUGUGUGGCUGGACACCAUGGAAAAAUGCAUCGCCAAUGACCAGUCAGGACUCCAAGCUGCAUCACUUCCAGAGAUUCGCUCUCAUCUUCUCAAGCAAAAAACGUUCCUGCAGGAUGUUUUGACCCACAAAAGACAGGUGGAAGCGCUUAAAGAGCGCGCCAGGUCUCUGGUUGAAGACCUGCCUAGCUCGGCAGUUGGCCAACCCAAGGAAAGCCAAGACGUUCAGAGGACCAUCGACGAUAUCACAAAUCGCUAUGAGAUCCUGACAAACGGAUUGCAAGGAUCUAUUUUAAAUUCUGAAUGGCUUCUGGACGUUCUUCAGCAGCAUCACGACCUGGAGAAAGCCCAGAGUGAUUGGCAACAACAAGCAUGGCUCCAACUCAAUUCCAACACCGAUUACGGAGGCAGUAAACACGCACUCAAGAUGCGCUGUUCCAAAAUUUCGGAGAUGAUGAUUGGUAAAGAUGAAGGCACUGCCAAUCUGGACGUCAUUCGAGCUCAUUUGGACAAGAUAUCCGAUCGUUUAUCUCCGCGCGUCAAGGAAACCUUGGAACGAGCUCUAUCUAACGCAAAAUACGAGUUUGAAAAGUACGUUACCGGCCUGGAAGAUGUUCGACAUACGCUGGACGAUCGGCUUCAGCAGUGGAACGAGUACGAGGGCACAUUCGAUCGGCUUUUGACGUGGCUCUCUGAAACGGAGACAUCGCUGAAAGAUUACAUUCCCCGUUCAACGCUCGAACAAAAGGAAGAACAGCUGGAAAAGUAUCAGGAUCUUCCACGUCAGAUAGAGUCUCGAUCUAGAGCAAUCCAGGAAUUCAUAGCGCUUGCCGACCAACUAGAGCAAGCUAUCGUGUUCAGCAUUGGACGGAAUGAGUCCGACAUCGACAAGAUGAGCGACGAUUCAUCCGACUUGAUGCAACUCUCCGGCGAAACGAGGAUUAGCGUCAACGUCCAGCAGAUAUCGUCACGAUUCCAGUCGAUGCAAGUGGCUGCCAAGGAGAUCCUCAAAAAGUGCGAACAGGCUGUCGGCGACCACAGGCUCUAUCUGGACAAAUACAAUCAAUGUGCCUCCUGGCUAACAGCUGCUCAAGAGAAAUUUGCAACAACCUGUUCCGGAGACGGAGAACAAGAUGAUUUGAGCACCAUUGAACAGAAAAUCAAAAUCCUAGAGCAGAUCCUAACCGAGCAACAGCAAGGCACUUCAAUGUACAAUCGAGUCCAAGAGAUGGGCGAGAAACUGUACGCCACAACAGCCGUUGAGGGUCGCGAAGCCGUAAGAAUUCAAAUGCAGGAACUGCAAACCGCAAUGGAGAGCUUUUACGACAACGUGGCUAGCAAAGAACGCGAGCACCAAGCCAAACGUUCCAGAUGGAUAAGUUUCGAAUCGGCCAGUGAUACUUUGCGGAAAUGGCUUGCGGAUACCGAACAGCAACAUCCGUCCGAAAUUAAGUUGCACGCUACGCUGGAUGAGAAACGAGCUCAACUCAGCACUUACCGGACGUUACUACAGGAUGUUCUGGCCCAUCAACAGGCCAUUUUGGAUUGCCGUGACAGAGCUCAUUAUCUACCCGAAGGAGGCUUCAAAGAAGAUCGCGAUAAAGUCGACGAAUUUGUGGAAUCGGCAAGCCAGAAACACCAGGUGCUACUGAAACGGGCCCAGUCGUUCGUGGAACGCUAUGAAGCAAUUGUGAGCGACCAUCAACAGUACAGCAAAGCCGUUAUGGAUGCUCAAGAAUGGCUGGAUGCAACACAUGGAGCCAUCGACAUGUGGGGAGACAACCGACUGGAGCGAAUCACCUUGCACGCAAAUGUUGAACGACUCAAGAACCUGCAAGUUGCUCUGCCCGAGGAAGAGUCACGCAUCAAACAAAUCCAGAUUCUAGGCGAGAAAGUGUUGCCUGGAACAUCGGAAAUUGGCCAGAGUAACAUCCGUUCGCAGAUUGAUUGCUCCCAGCAAGAGUGGGAGAGCUUACUUAGCACGCUCCAGUCAGCCAUCGAGUCGCUGGAGAGCAAAUUGAAGCAAUGGAGCGACUACGAAUCCCUGAAGGAUCAAUGCCAGCAAUGGUUACGACAGGCGGACGGCAGUUUCCACGCAAUCGAUCUGAAGGCCACGUUGGAGGAGAAACAGUGCCAACUGGAUCAGAUGAAAACCAUGCAGAGCGAACUUCGAAGCAAAGAGUUGGAAAUCGACCAAGUUACGGAAAAAUCCCAGCAAUUGUACAAAAAUCUUCAGUCGCGGUCAUCUCAGACUCUGGAACUCGGCCCCAAAUACCAACAAAUCAUGUCCCGUAUCAAAGAACUGUCGGGCAAGUGGCAAGAAUAUGUCAACACUCACCAGGAAUUUCACACUCGGCUUGAAGACUGUUUCAGAUGGCUGGCCAAUGUUAAAGCUAAGCUAGCCUAUUGUUCCGAUCUGAGCGCAUCAUCGCAGCAGGAUCUUGACAAAAAGAUGACAACAAUUCAGGAUUUGUUGAUGUACAAAGAGGAAGGAUUUACCAAAGUGCAAAAUACGGUUGAAUUGGCUCAAGCGGUUUUGGCCAACACGGCACCAGCCGGCCAUGACUCCAUUAACGCCACGGUAGACCGACUGAAAGAGGAGUGGGGUCUGCUGGCCUCCAAAAUGAUGGACACUAAAGCCAACUUGGACGAGAUAGUGUCCAAAUGGGCUGGUUUCCUGGAACAAAUUCACCUACUUAACAAGAUUGUCGAAAAUGUUGAAUCGUCUCUGGCCGAGAACACUGUGCUCCAGAACACGCUAUCAGAGAAACGGGCGCAACUGGAACGUCUGAAAAAUCUUGAAGAGAAGAUCAAAUGCGAAAGGAUCGAAGUCAAAAGCCUCAAGAGCAAGGCGGCUGAAAUGAUGGCCAGUGGACAGCAGAAUCAAGCCGCAAUUCAAGCUCAGCAGAUCCUGGAGAAGUUCCAACGUUUGGCCGAGCAGAUCAAGACCGCCAAAACCAAAGCUGACGAAGAGUUCCGUGCUCACAAAGCCUAUAAAGAAGCUUACGACGAUUUGAUGAACUGGAUCAGCCGCGCCCGCGAAAAAGUGCCCGUCAUGAAACAUCGUCCCUUGGGUGACCGAUUGGCCAUCGAAGAGUCGGUGAAAGAUUUGACGAGUCUAUUGAACAAACAGGCACAGGGUCAACUGAAAGUCGAAGAUAUGCAACGCAAGAGUCAAGUGUUGCUGUCCACAACGGCGCCAACUGGCCAAGACACCGUCCGCAGCGAGGUGCGCGCUCUUCAAGAAAGUUUCGACCUCUUCUUCAAGGAAGUCCAGUCUCAAAAAGAUCAAUUAUCCCGCACAGUGAUUCAAUGGCGUGAAUAUAAAGAGGAAUACGAAAGAUUGUCUGACUGGAUUCAGCAAACAGAUAUUGAAAUCAAGGCUCAAAAGAAUGCUCUGCUAUCGACUUUGCAAGAGAAAGAAAAGCAAGUUGCCGCAAUUAAGGCCUUGGUCGAUCGACUCGAUAAGGGAGAACAACAAAUCAACAAGUUUAACGAAAUGGCAGCUGGUCUUCUCUCCUCCCAUUUAGACACUUAUGUCAAUAAUCAACUGCGCCAUUUGAAUUCACGCUACCAAGUCGAGAAGAAUCUGGUGAAAGAUGUGAUGCUCAAGAUUGAAACUAAUGUUGAACACCAUCGACAAUACGACCAGACUUUGGCUAAAGCGAAUAAAUGGAUCGAAGAGGCCCGUCGUGUUAUUAAAACCAGCAGCGAAGCCCAAGUGGAAGGCGAGAGCAGCAAAGAAGAACUUCAAGAGCAACUGAAUAAAAUCCAGGAUCUACUCAAACGACAAGAAGAGGGACAGACUCUUGUCCACUCUACUGUCAAUUUCGGUGAAAAGGUGGCCCGUUACACCAGAUCAGAUGGCCGUGACGAAAUUCAGUCUACACUCAAAAGUCUGCAACAGGAUUGGGAAAGGCUGGUUCGUAAAAUGGCCAAUACCAAGGUCGCUUUGGAGACGUCGUUACUUCAAUGGGCAGAUUAUUCCUCGUCUUGCAACAAUUUGAAAAAAUGGAUCAGCGAGAAGGAGGCUAAAUUGCAACAAGUCUGCGAACAGAAAGUCUCCAUGGGCCGGAAGAGCAAUCCAGGCUCGGGAAUGCGAACUCUCAGUCUAGGUGCCCGUCAGGCCACAUUGCGACGUACCAGCAGUUUUGUCCAAGACAUUGUCUCAUUUGAGCCUAUGAUUGAAUCAGUCACAUCCAAAGCCGACGAUCUACUUCAUCGCAGCCCUACCACUACCGAGAUCAGCAACAAAUACCAGAGUCUGAGUCGACAAGCUCACGAAAUUUACGCCAAACAGAAACAGGUGAUGGAUGUCCAUCAGUCAUUCAUCGAUGCUGGCAACGAGUUCAUGCACUGGCUCAGAGCCGCCAAAGAGAUGGUCAACAAACUGUCGGAACCAACGGGCGAUCGUGAAUCUUUGAGCAGUAAAGUGACUCACGUCAACACGAAAUUGAUGACUGAUAAGGCAGAAGGCCAACAGAAGCUGGAAGCAGCUUUAGAAAAAGCCGAAGCUGCUUGCAAAGCUAGCGACGAGGAAGACCGUGACAUUGUCGAAGAAGAGGUGGCCUUCUUGCAGGAAGAAUUCGACAACUACUGUGAGGCCCUCGCCAAAUUGAAAGAAUCUCUCGAAUCAGGAUUAGUCAAGUGGACCGAAUACGAAGACCAGUACCAAGAUGCCGUCGAGUGGCUUGCCCAGACCGAAGGGACUGUACAGACUUUCAAUCGACUACAGAACACGCUGCCUGAAAAGAGAGACAUUUUGGAACAGUUCCAGAAUCACUUGCAGGCCGUCUUCGAUUGGCAAAAAGAUUUGGACAGGCUGAACAUGCGCGCUCAGCAACUGCUGGAAACUUGCGCCGAUUCACGCGUCUCCAACGCAGUUACUUCCAUCACCACAAAGUACAACGCCCUGCUGUCGCUGGCUAAAGAAAUCAUGCGCCGACUUGAGGUCCACUUCCAGGAACAUCAACAGCACAGUGCCCUCUUCCAGGAAUGCCAGGAAUGGAUCGAGCGCACCAAGGAAAAAGUGGUUGAAUCCAGCGGUACCGGCGGCUCUGAUAACCUGUCGGAACUCAAGGGACGUCUGCAUCAAAUCAAAUGCAUCCGCCAAUCACUGGAACAAGGCCAUCAUAAGCUCCGCUACAUCCAAGAACUGAAGGAACGUGUCAUUCUAAAUACGGAACAAUCAGGGGCCCAACAAAUCCAGGACAAUACAGACGUCAUCCGCGCUGAAUUCGAUAAAUUGUCUCGCGAUGUACAAGAAGCUCGUGAAUCACUUAGCGCCCGCAUAUCGAUUCUGGAAGAUAUCGACAAAGCGCAUCAAAUGUUUGUCGACUGGCUGCAGGAAAUCAUGGACAAGGUGCCUUCACCCGUCAACGCCCAAGGAGCUGAAGGCCUUACGGAUUUGAGUGACAAAAAAUCAGCUCUGGAGAAAUACAAAGUUUUACUUCAUGACGCCCUAUCCCAUGCGGAUGUUCUGCAAAGAUUGCAAGACAAAUUGGCCGCUCAACCGGACCUACCUCGUGAAGAGUACGACUCAAGUAUUGAACGGUAUGAACAACUGAAAGCCACAAUUCAAAAGACUAUAAGCACGAUGGAAGAGCUGGUCCAACAGCAUGAAGAAUACAAACAAGGCUACGUGGAUGCAGCCGAUUGGAUCCGUCGUACAAGACUCGAUAUCCAGCAGUACGGUGACUUUAACGGUGAACGUGAUGCUGUUGAAGAGAAGCAACGGAAAUGUUGCGAACUCCGUCAAACCUACCCAGCUGGUGAACUACUGGUCGACAAGGCAGUCAAACUCAGUGAGGUUGUCAUUAAUGGUUCCAGCACCGAGGGACAGGAAGUGAUCAAACAGGAACUUGCUCAGCUACGAAACGAAUGGGAGUCACUUGUCUCUUGUUCGGAUGAAACGCUCAAGUCUCUUUCUGAUUGCUGUUCGGCCUGGUCUGACUUCCAAGACGUCUUCACGCGAAUGAAGAAAUGGCUGACAGAAUUCCAGGGCAAGUGGGUUGAAGAAUCAGCUCGCAAUCUACCGGAAGAAGCUAUCGAGCCUAGACUUACCCGCUGCCGUGAGUUGCUGAAAGAAGGUGAGAGUCAAAAGUCCUGGCUAGAAGAUUUGAACGACCGAUGCGAGAUCCUGAUGGAGCUCAGCACUUGCAGCCGCGUCCGCGAAGAAACUGUGCAACUCCAGGCUGGUUUCACUGCCGUCAUGGGAAAUGUUCAAAGUCUGUUGUCCCGUCUGGAGAAGACGAGAACAGACCACACAGAUUUCGUCACAUCCAAGAAAGAGUUCUCCAAUUGGCUUGAACGGGCUCAAGGCACCGUGCAAGAUUGUUCUGGCCAGUGCGGCAACGAAGCGAGCACCAAGGAGAAGUACGAACUCGUCCGCUCUAUUGCCAGUCGCCUAACAGAAGGUCAGCAUUUGAUGAACGGUAUGAUGGACUCGUUUACCAAAGCCCUGAGUGCUAGCAGACCACAGAGCAGUCCAGACGACCAACAGAAAGGUUUCAGAGCCGAAAUUUCAACUUUGCGGGCUAGUUGGGACCAAUUGAACAUCGACGUCAAUAGCACACUUUCUCACCUGAAGGGCGCUAUCAAUCGGUGGGAAGAAUUCCGCGAUGCCUGCACUCGUAUGGAACAAUGGUUGGUAAACAGCGAACAGCAACUGACAGAUUACCCUCAGUCAAAGGGUGAAGUCGGUGAGAUGAAAACACUCAUGGAGCGACUCAAGAGUCAGCAAAUGGAAUUUGAAAGGAAGAAAGCGGAUCUGGAUCACUUGCGACGUGAAGCCAGUGAGCUCUCCACCUGGGCCAACGAUCAAAGCUGUGUGAAUGUCGUAGAUCAACUCCACGAAAAGUGGGGGAAAUUGUCUGUCGUCACUGCGAAUUACCAUUCACGUCUCGAAGAGGAAAUUCAAGAAUACAACGCUUAUCAUCAAGCACUCCAAGAUACAGAGAAAUGGAUCCUGCAAACUUCUUUCCAUUUGAUGGCUCACAAUUCCAUGUACAUUACUACUCGCGAUCAGACGGAAGAACAAACCAAGAAGCAUAACGAUUUGCUUGCUGAAAUCUAUACGUACCAAAGUACUAUGGAUGACGUCCGGUGCAAAGGCCAGGGACAGAUUGUUCGCUACACAUCUUCUAACCCGGGAAUCAAGUGCGUAAUUGAAAAGCAAUUGGGUAAUGUUCAAUCCAGCUACAACGCACUUUUGAACACGGCGCUUCAAAUUAAGCAACGUCUCAAUGAUUCUCUCAUCAAGUUCCAAGAAUACGAGGCCAUCAUCGAGAGCAUCUUGCACAAUCUCAAAGAAUGGGAGCCACACAUUGCUGAACAACUAGACACUUCCGUCGUUUCGAUCGAGGAUUGUAAGAAACAAUUGGACGACAUUAAGGUUACUCAUGCCAAACUCCAGAUCGAAAAGACCCGUCUAGCUCUCGCUGUCCAAGCCUGUGAGGCUGCCGCGGCCUGCAUCUCGCGGCCCAACACUCCUCAAGAUCCACUGCCUCACAGAGUUCCCGAAAACGAGUUGAACGCUCGUACAAAAUUAGAAGAUUUCCUGGACCAGAAAAUGGACGAACCACUGGCCAUAGGCAGCAUGUGGGCAUUGUUGGAUUUAGUCGAAGAAAAAGAUUUGAUGAAUCGAUUGGAGAAAGUGGAAGAAAAGGUCCAUUCUCGGAUAACCGCAUUGACAGCGGUCAAUACCGAUCUCGACGACUUCACUCGCAGGAGACAAGCAGUUUUACAAUGGGCCACUGAAUUAAAGGGCACAAUCAAUGACUUGAAACAGCGCAAGGCUCGUCUAAGACCCGAAGCAGCUCAACACGAUAUCAGUCAGUUGAUGGACACCAAGCAAGCCAUCACAGAGAAACAAGGACUCGUGGACGAAAUGGAACUGCAGUUAAUGUCUUCUGCACCCGAGUCGAUACCAUGCGUCGUAGAAUUGCGCGAUGAACUCAACGUUCUCUACGAUGAGGUUUCGCAAGUACUUGACAAGAAAAUGGACAUGCAGAAUUUAGUUGAAGAAUAUCGCAUGAUGCUGCAAGAUUUCUUCACAUGGCUGGACACUCUGAUUAAGAGAGCCGAGAAUGCGGACAAAGGACGUGGCAAUAUUAUUGCUCAACGUGUCACUCUGAUGGAACAACUGACCGCAGAGACAUGUCAAGGAAAGCCAAAAUUGGCUACCCUUUCUAUCAAGGCCAAAGAAAUUUCGGAAAUUCUCAGUACUUUGGAUGGGCAACAAGUCGAAGAGCAGCUGAAGGUUGCCGAAAGAAGAUUUGGUGACGUCGAGCGUCGCAUGCACAGAAAACUUCACUUGCUGCAAACUACCCACCAAGGGGCUGAAAGUGCCACAAUGGACAUCGCUCUAAUCAGACAGUGGGUGUCCGAGAAGACCACAUUAGUCCGCGACAAGGAAUUACUGGGAUACCGAGCCAAGAGUGCUGACACGAAACUUCAGCAAACAAAGGGUCUUUGCAAGGAAGUAGAGAUGCAGCAAUUGGUCAUUGAGAACUUGGAGCUUAGGGUUUCUAGCAUAGCGUCUGACUUGGAUGCAGAGGAACAAGCUCAGCUCAGAGCCGAACUGAAAAGUCUUGCUGGUGAGUAUAGGACUCUCUGCCAGGGUGUCCGAACCUACGAACAAGAGUUGGACAAAGCAGUCAGCGACCGGCAACAAUUCGAGGCUCAAUUGGACGACACACAGAGAAAAUUGGCAGCGCUAGUUGUUCAGAGCCAAGGCUACGAACUUUUGCCACUAACUUCAUCCGCUACCGAAAAGCUCGCUGAAAAAUUCAAGUCUUUGAAACAAGCUGUCAGUGAUUUUGAAAGCAACGAGAUGAAUGAUUUUAGGAAGCAAGUUCAGAACAUUCUGAAAACCUGCAACGAAAACUCAAAGAAUGAGUUGCAAGAGAUUUCGCAAGCUAUUGACAAACAACUGGAAGAACUUUUGGCAAAUUUGAGUGCGAUGUUAUCUCAGUUAGAGGACGCUACACGUCAACGCAAACAACUCGAAGGUAUCAUCGAAUUCUGCCAAUAUUGGUUCAAGCAAGCGGACAUCAAUCUGGCUGUUGAAAUCCGAAAUUCAACAACUCCUGAAAUUUUGGUCGAGCACAUCAUGGUGUUCGAUCGACUGCUACAAGAAGCUGGCGGUGUCAAAGAAAAAUUAGACGCUGCCGUGUCUCACAAGGACUUCAUUUUAGGCUCGUUAAAUAAAGCGGACCAAAUGGAAAUUCAAGGUAAUCUACAGAGUCUAUUGGAUGGCUACAACCGGAUCAACGCGGGAAUUGAAGAGCGCAGCCGAACACUUCAGUCUUACGUCAGUCAGCAACGUGAAAUUGCGGUUAAAGUUGAAGAAAGCAUUGAAUUCCUUAACAAAAUUCAAGAAGAUGUCCGUGCACUGAAUAAGCCAAUCGGAUUCCGACCAGAAGACACGCAAGUCAUGCUCAAUUCCUACGAGCUGCUACUGGCGGAAUUGCGAGUUUAUCGCGAAAAGAUGGAGGAUUUGCAGCACCGCACUACUGGCAACAGCGGCGAUUUGGCGUCGAUUGUGAAACAACAAGACGAAUUAAUUGCUUCCAUCGAAAGUCAAAUCAAGAAGCUUCGUCAUCUGCUCCUCCUCAGGCAGCAGUUUAUGGCAUUAGUUGCUGAAAUCACCACAUUCAUUGCCAAAUACAAUGAAGUCGUCCAGGAUAUUGAAAAAGGUGGCAAGACUGCACAAGAAAAGAUUCGUCGCUACGAAGAUGUCAUCUACAAAAUUCAAGAAUGCGAGGGACAACUGGCCACUGCCCAAGACAAGGGAGAACAAAUUGCUGCUGAAGGAUCCGUAACUGAUCGCAAUACCAUCACCGAACAGCUGACGUCCCUUAAACAUCAAUUGAGUGCACUCAAACGAGCUGUCGAACAGCGUCGUGGUGAGCACGAAAACGCGGCUGCUGAAUUCAAACGCUUGUCGGAGCAGCUUGACGAAUUGUUGGAUAAGAUGCAUGAACAGGAAGCCGUUAUUCGAUGCAGACCGUUGCUCCAGUUGACGGCUGAAAGUGUUGAACAGGAAAGCAGCAAACACCGAGUUCUUGUUGGCGAUGUCAAAAGUAUUCUGGUGGCCACAGAGACGGUGUUCUCGUCCAUUCCUCAGGACAGCAUGAUUCCUUCAAACCUUCAAGAACGUAUCAGUGAGGCCACUUUUCUCCGUGACACGCUCCCGACGGAAUUGGCUGCUAGAGGUGAUUAUCUCAAGGACCAGUUGGCAUUGCGUUCACAAUACGAGAGCAUCAUCCGGCGUCUUAAUAAUUGGAUGGAUGAGGCCAGACUUCGUCUCAGGCCACCUUCAAAUGGCGUCGAUUUCGAACAUAUUGACAAGGAACUGAGUGAACACAAAGCUUAUUUCGAUAAUGCAAGCAUUUCGCCCCAGUCCUUGCUUGACAGCAUCAAAACGACGGCCGAUGAUAUUUUGCAAUCAGUCGACACGCCACAACAGAAUGAUCUGCAAAGUGAGGUCAAUACAUUGACUGAAUCAAUCAAGAAUUGCCUUACUGCGGCCAACGAUCGCCAAGAUCAAUUGGAUAAGGAUUCUCGAGCCUACAAGGAAUACGAAAAAUCGCUGGAGGAAGUGAAACAAGCCAUAAUUGCCAAUACUCAAUCAACAGAGGAGACGGCUACUAACAUUCCAGCGUUGAAGAAUCUGAUUGCUUCCCUCGAGACCAAACUGGUCGUCCUCCAAACGGAACAGGCGAAGCUGAAAACCUUGCAAGAUAAGGUCAAGAAAGUGGAGCAGCGUGCGGAUGUCGCCAGCCGCCAGACGAUACAGGAAAGCUAUUCGACUGUGGCGAAAGAUUGGCGUGACAUUCAAGACGGUCUGAUGGUGAGAUGCAGUGAUCUCAACGAUUUGGUAGACACGUGGGAGCUUUUGAUAUCCAAAUCUCGCGCCCUUGGAGUCAAUUUGACCGGCCUGGAGGAAUUCGUUCACCGUUUGGAUAUGGAGGGUCGAUCACGUAGUGCCUUGGAAGAAGCGCGACGAAGUUUACAGGAAUUUGAGUCGACCAUCGUCGGGCUGAAACCUCAAUUAAAAGAAGUUAACGACCUGGCCAAAGAUGUCCUGGAUUACAUCAGCGCUUGUGAAGUGACUUCUCUAUCUAUUCAAGGCGAUCUCACCGCUUUGGCAGACCGCCACUCAUAUUUAUUGGAAACGAUUCAAUCCCGUCUGCGUCGCGUCGCCGAGGAAGCCAAUUAUUUCGACGCCGUGCUGGACAGCAUGAACCAGGUGCAGACAGGCCUUGAGAGUCUGCUGGCCGAGAUCACCGAUUUCGACGCGUUCAGCAGCCAAGUCGAGCGCGUGGAUCAGGAACUGGCGAGCUUGCGCGAACGGUCGCUUAGCUGCAAAGAAGGUGUUCGUGCUUUGGCACUAGCGGCGUCGCAGCGAUUUGCUCAGCUGGAUCAGGCCAAGCCGGCCGAAGUGGACAAGCACGUUGCUAUUUUGGAAUUGCUGAGCGAGAAAGUCCUAGCCGCCAUGGAAGAAAAAGAUAAUGAAGCCAAGAGGGCGCGCACCGUCCGCUACGAGUACCACCGUGACGUUGAGCAAGUCCAAAGUUGGAUAUGCCAGGCCGAGGGGCGUGUUCAAGAUCGCAAUCUCGAACCGCAAACUCUCAAGGAAUUCCUUCAGGAACUUCAAUGCGAAAUCGGUUUAAUUACCGAUCAAAUGGACCGGGUUUCACGCCACGGCCAACUCAUUUGCCAGCGGACACGAGAUGAACACGAGCAACAGUUGGUGCGGACCACGCUGUCCAACUUGACCGAUCAAUUGCAACAAGUUCGGUCUUGGCUCGAAGAGAAGAAGCUUCAGGUUGGAGAUUCGAUCGAUUCAUGGCAGCGAUUUUUGCAACUGCAUUCAUUGGUGAUUUCAUGGGUUGACGAAAAGAAAUGCUUCUUGACAGAGCCACUCCAUUUGACCAGUUUAGUCCAAGCUCGUCAAAAAUCCCAGGAUUACAACAUGGCCGUGAAAAGCUGCAAAGUGGCCACUAAAAAUGUCAGCGACAUGGGAAAAGAACUGUCCCGCAUCUCCCAAGUGUCGAGCGUCGGAGCACUGGCCGAUCAGAUGGCUGAAGCUGAGCAGAGCAAAACUGAAGUUGAAACGCAGUUGCAAGAAAGGAGUGCCUUACUUCUAGAGAUGACAGAGGAAUGGGAACAGUGCGAGAAGAAAUUAAAAGAUGUCAAGAGUUGGCUGGAGAAGGCCAGGCAGACCUUGGACUCACCGCUAAACAAGAAACGGCCCCUACGCGAUCAACUGUCGCUGAGGGAAAAAAUGCUGGGCGACGUCACCAUCCAAAAGACGAAAAUCAACAUGUCGAUCGAGAAAUUACAGGUGCAUUUCCGUUCGGGGGUCACUGGGUCACCGGAUGUUGUUCACAGCAGUACGGAGCUCAUCGAGCAGUUGGACGCCCUCAUGGUCGAAAUCAAUCAGCAAUGCAAAACGCUGGAAGCGGCCGUCAUUCAACUAGACCAACUACAACAGGAGAUCCAAGGACUGCGGGCGCAGGUAGUGCAGGUGGAUCAGCAAUUGCGUUUGGUAUCCAGCCCAGCAUACUCACCACUGGAUCGGGACAAGGCUUUGGCCGAACAAAACGUGUUUCGGGAGCGCUUGAAGGCAUUGCAGUCCCACCUAUGCGCCGUUUGCCAGCAAAUCCAACAACUGCGAAUGCGUAUGACUGAAAUCGACCCCUACUUCACUCUGGCGGAUGACGGAAUCGAACGCUCCCUGAUGGCAGCCGCUGCCGACUGGCAAUCCCGUGCACCGAUGGAACCUAGCCACCGCCACCCCGCCCCGCUUCCUAUCCCUCAGACCUCCACCGAUGUUCAAUCGAUCCCUCCACCCCGCUGCGAUGACGUCCAAUCCCCUGUUAGGGAAACUAUCAGCACCUCGACCUCCGCAGCGGCCCUUAAAAGUUCCGGCCUACUGACGCUUGACAAAUUCUCAUACGCCGACAUUGCUGCUGGAAGACGGAGUCCAAGUGUCUCUCGUCAGACGACGUUCGAAAGCAAUGCCGAGCUGGUCGAAACAGUUGCGGCUAGUGAUCAUCAACCCGACAAAGUCGAACCAGCUGCAGCGCAACUGACUCAAAUCGAAGACGAAAUUAUUGUGCCUCACAUUCAAGAAGUUCAUCCUGGCCGCUCACGCUGGGAACAGCAACAGCAAGAAAAACUUGUCCAAUCAGACGACUCAGUUGCCGAACCGAAACAUCCCAGUCGAAGUGAAAUACGCCGGCGUGCAGCUGGAAACAAACCCAAACGGCCAGUUGAUGCGAAGGAAUCGACGAUCCAUGGCAGUCAAGAACGCCAUCCUCCCAUAACUCCGGUUGGAUCAGUUGAUAUUCAACCUCAAGAGGAGACGAUCGUUGAAGAGAUCAAAAUGGCAGAAGAAUCCGCUCCAGUCAAAGAAACGGGCACCCGGCCCAAGGUGGCCUCAACUCCGCAUCGCAGUCCGUCUAAUUUGUCACCUCCCGCCGAAUCUGAGAAGAGAUCUCGUAGUCCCUUAUGGUUGCCCGGCUCGGGUGGUCCGUCGUACGCCGACAUUUUGCGCGGGCACUACAUCUCUCAUCAGCGUGGGAUGUCUGGCAUUGUCGAUAUUCCUCAACAGCAACAGCAAAAACAGGAACAGCUUCGACGUUUUGGCGGUGAGAGUAUCGACGAUACCAACGUAACGGAGGAGGUUGUUGUUCCAGUUGAAGAGCACCUUACUACUCAACCCACGGUUUUACCUGAAGUGACUGAAGAAGUCAGCGCUCCAGUUGAAGUUGAAGCUCCAGCUCAACCGACUACCGUGGAUGCCGGCUGGAUUUCACACCAUCAUUCAGUCUUUGUCCAGCCAAUCGAACAUCAGCAACAACGACAGGUAGAAUAUCCGACGUCCUUGUAUCAUCAGCCGAGUAAUCUAUCUUUUGAGACUCAGUACGCAUCCGCACCGGAUGCCGAAGCUGUUUUUGCAGCUAAUUUUGAUAUGAUGGCUCUUCAACAUGCUUAUGCUCAGCUGGCUAUGCCGAGCAACUACCCCAUGCCGGCUUUUCCCGUCCAGGAGACAGUCAACCCUCCUCAGAACUUUGAGUUUAAUAUAGAAGAACCAAGGCAGGAUUACGUGAUGACGUCUACUCCGACUCCGACUGCUCCGCAGCUUGUCGAACCGCCCCAAGCAGUCCCAACGGUUUCGACCCCACAAAUCAUUGAAGAGCCUGUUGAAGUCACUAAACCCGUCGUCCCAAGUGCAACCAAAUUGUCGUAUGCACAGAUUUUAGCAGCUGGACUUCAGGUGCCAACUGAAUCAUCACAACGAAGAGAUUCAUCUGGAUCAACAUCCGGACACACCUCGUAUUCGCCUCGUCCGGCACCCAAAUCAUCGCCAAAUGUUUCCGACAAGACAACGACCGAUUCCGCUCCAAGUCCAUCCCGACUUUCGGCACCGGAAAGAGGCGUUUCUGAGCCCCGAGAGCCCCGAAGUCGUCAACGCUUAUCGAAAAAUUCGAAAUCUAAAAGUUUCGAUGUACGCGAGAAAGAACCUUCAAAGCCGAAAACGCCACAAGGCUCUACUUCUAAGCUGGCGUCUCUCCCUGGCCGUUCGAUGGAAGGUAAACAUCGACAAAAGAAAAAGCCGCACAACGAAAGUUUCUCCGAGGACAAGCAGUGGACACCUGUCUCAGUUCAAGUCUCACCUCCCGUCACGGAAACGUUGGCGGCUCCACAACCCGAAGUAGGGCGCAGUAAAUCACCCGGAGGUAAUCCUACAACAUCGGAGCCUGAAAUGACGAAAGCUAUGAUGACAUUUUAUGGAAUCAGCUCUGAAGAUAUUGAACAAUUGAUCAGCAGCCGUUCGCACGACUCCGACAGCGAUGUGGAAGUGGCUGGAGUUGAGGCAAAUCCCGAAAAGAAAAAGAAACAAGUUCAGAAAAAGAAGAAGAGGAAGUCGUCCAAGAUUCCUGAUGAAGACGAAAUCGAAAAAGCUCUUCGCGAAAUCUCUGAAUUAGAGAAGAAUAAACGAUCGAAAAUGAGACGCACUUAUUCGCACGAAAUCAAGAGCUCAGUGCCCGAAGUUGUCGAGCCCAAGCCUCAAGAAAUUCCGGCCGUUAAUCUGCUGGAAGUGCCAGAGGUUAAGAAAAGAGACAAGAAAUUAAAGAAAGCCGCUUCUGUAAGCGGUGCACAUCCCGACAAGUCGAGUCUCAAACCCGAAAAAUCUCCUCUGACAGAAUCCAGCACUGGGGUUGAUUCGGCCACGUCCAGUUCCGGAUCAUCUGAUCCUUCUACUCACAAGCAACGACGUGAUCGAAUUAAACGAGGAAAAGCGGUCAGUUUCAACGAUGAAAGCACAGUCAAAUCUGAACCUGCUGCGGUGGUUGAAAUUCAACCGAAAACGGAAGCGAUCCUCCCAGCAUCAGUUGAACCUGAGCCGACAUGUACACCUGUUGAGCCGGCUCAAGAAAAUGAAGCCGAAUUUCUCGUACUUGACUCACAAGGGCUUGAAAGCGUUUGUCAACUGGUGACUGAUGUGGAAACCAUGAUGGAAGAUGCUAUGAGCGACGAUAUCGUCGUCUUGGAAACGGAGAAUUUUGCUCCGUCAAGUCCCGGACCUGUUGAAGGACACAGAACACUGGACCCGCAAAUAUUGGAAGAUGUUUUUACCGAAACAGCUGCUGUUUUUGAAUCGCAUGUUUGCCCCGAAAUAUACGAAGAGGAAGACGAAUGUCAAGAACUGGUCGAAGAACAAGUGAAAGAAGAAGAACCUGUCGCUAUUCCUUGUCCUGAACCGUCAGCCACCGCAGAAAUAGUAACGAAAGAAAAUCAACCAUCUAAAGGCCUAUUGGGACCGAUACUAGUGGCCGAAGAGAACAAAGAUGAUAAGAUCGCCACCGAAAUGACAGAAGAGCUCCCUCUCGGCAGUCAACCAGCUGCCGCCAUGACUCUUCUGCCGCUCGAAGUUCGAGUCACUCUUCGGAAAAUUUCAGCCACCAGUACCGUCCCAUUUCAGCCGGAAGAAAUCCAACUGCGUAUGGAAGACUACAGAAACCAGCCACUUCAGGCGACCGAAUCCAUCGAUAUCGAACCAGCUCAAUUGGAAAUUACUGCGGCAAUGGUAUUCAAUCACGGCGGUGUAGAAACAGUCGAGGAACUGGAACAAAACAUUGAAAGUCCUGUUGACAAUGCGGAGGUUGCCGGAACUGACGCUCUCACUUGUAUAUCCGCCAUAGCGCAUUUGCAACCAGUGGAAUUGGCUGAAACUGAACAACUUCCGAUGCUUGCUCGCCAGGUCUCAUUGGCCGAAGAAGAAUUCGCUGAUGAAUCCGAACUGAGUUUGCCCGUUUCUACUACCCCAAUUCCAGCCAUGCUGGAACGCGAAGAGGAGACGCUCAUUUCAGCGACAACGGAAGAGCCGCCAACUACAAAAGUUUGCGCCCAAGUGGAAGAGCAAGAGUUACCUAGUCAAGAACAGAUGGUGGGCAUUGUUGAAGCUCUUCUUAAAGAACCGGAAAUUAAUUUACCGGAACCUGUCGUUGAAUUACCUACCGCUGUCAAAUUCACCGUCCCAGUGGAAGCGUUACCGACUGUGACUUCUCCAGUAGAAAGUACAAAGAAAUUACCUCCGGAUUCGACACCAGCCGGAAGUUCUCAUCCAGUAAAAAUAUCAGUACCAUUGUUAACAGAGACACCACCGGAAGUAAGUUCGGUGAGCUCGCCUGGUAGCGAUUACAAAGCCCCAACGAGUCCAUUUGGUUUUGAUGACGCAGAUCACGUAGUUUUGUCACCACAGUGGAUGCGCCAGCGGUCGCCGCUUGGCCGCACUUUCAGUCUGGAUCCUCGUAGUCUCUCGACGAUUCCGAAAUCAGCGCCCUUUUCACCGCUAGUUAAAGCUCACAGCACCGACUUGUCUGAAUCCUACGGCACUGAAGAACAGAAAGCUGCUGCAGCUGCCAAGAAUCUGGAAGAAGGUUCAAAAUCUGAAUCGCAAACAGGAGGCGAAGCUGACGACGAAGAUGUCGAAGUCUAUUGGCGUCUUCGGGAAAAGAAGAAGAAGAAGAAGAGGCGUAAUCCAAUUGCCGCCGUGACACCAGGUGGACCAAGGUUCUCCGAAUCGUCCUCCGAUGCCUUGUCUAUGGCUGAACAUGGACCCAUGAGUCCGUUGAGCGUAGCAUCCGACUUGCCAGUCUCAGAAUCGACAUUGACUUCCGACGAUGAACAUCGAACCAAAUGCACGCAAGAUGACGGAUUCCAAUCCGGAAUUUCAACUCCGAUUUUACUGUCGGUUGCUUCGCCUGAUUCAGAGUUACGUGAAACGACACCCACGGAACUCACAGCUGAAACAGAAUCCAUUGCGGAAAGCAUUCAGGAAACUUUGACCAAUCAAUCGAUCGCAUCCGACGUCACUCCAUCUGCAGAAGAAAUAGAUUCGUCAUCCGAGCCAACUAUUAGAGAAGAAGAAUUGGUGCAAUCAGUCGAGGAGAUCAAACCAGAAGUGAUUGAAAUUCCUAUUUUAGCUGGACCUUGUCUCUUAUUUACUCCCGAAAUUCCUAGCGAAUCAAUUCCGCAGGGUACGCCCAAAACAGAAGAAACACCAGCUGUUGAAACACAAAUGUUUGAAUAUUCCGCUCCAGUAUUCGAAGAGUCGACGGUGUCUUUAGAGCUUCCUAGCGAAAGUUUAGUAAAAACCAUUGAAGUAGAAUCAAGCAGCGUACCAUCAGCGACUUCCUGGGCAAAUUUGGUAGCAACUGGCAAACCGAAAAUCAGCGAACCGACACCGGAACCUGAACAGAUUCCGAAACCUCCUCGACCUCUUCCCACUUUGAUUGUCGUUGGCGAAGAAGAACAUCACGAAGUUCCUUGCGAUCCGGAAGGAUACCAUAUCGGCCGGAAAGAGAGAAAAUGGAGGAAAUGGCGCUCAUCUCAGUCCGAGUCGCAAGACGUUGCGUCCGAUGCGGAAACUGUUGAAACAACAUCAGAGGCCCCUCUUCCUUCUACAUCUGAACUGUCAGUUGAGGAAUGUGUAGUGGCUGUCAAACAAGUUCCUCCUCCAUCACCUGCUGGCAACAGCAGCUCAGAGUCGGAAGAAGAAACGUCCGAACAAAUUCGAGUCGUCGUGAAACCCAAAGUUCAGAAAGUAGCUAAAUCAAUUCGUGAAUUGGAACAGAGAAAACGACGCUCUCGUCUUUCAGAGUCUGAGCAGGAAGUACUGGAAUUGGCCGAAGCUAUUGCUGAGAACAGACAAAUUCCUUGCCAUCGAUCGCAGCAUGAUGAUAAUCUCAGAAAUAUUUACCUCGAUUCCUGGCCUAAACAUUCAACAACUUCGCUGGACAAUUCUGAAAAACUGUUGUGGAUCUUCCAGCAGUCAGCAGCACAGACUUCUAUUCCGGAAAAUACUGAGUCGCAAUCAAUUGUGGUUGAGCCAGUUACAGUCAGCGAACUGAGUAAAGAAGUCAAAGAACACGUCAAAGAGGUUGAAAAUGAAGCCGUUCCGGAGCAAGUGACUUCUGAAGCUAAGGAAAUCCUUCCACAAGUUGAAGAUCUUGAGAAACAAAUAGUGCUGUCUGCCGCACCAACAGUGGAAGAGGUUCCCUCAACUGAGAACGAAGCAGUCGCUCCCACACAACUUGAACACAUUGAAGAGGUUCACGCAGUUGAGCCAGUCGUUACGCAGGAUAAAAUAGAGGAAACUGCUCCACAAGUGGAGGAGCAACAAACAGUUCAACCUGACGAUGCCCAUCCGUCAGUUCCUAGCUGGGCUACUGUAGUUGCAACUAGCAAACCUGUAAUCACAGAGUCAAAAGAAGAAGUUGUUGAGGAACCUGCCCGUCCCAAACGUCCCCUGCCCACUUUGAUCGUCGUUGGAGAAAGUGAGGGACUGCCAGUUGCAGCUGAAACCGAUCCUGAUUCGUUUACUGAAUUCGUUGGCCGUAACGAACGCCGCCGUAGGAAGUGGCGAUCAUCGCAAUCAGAAUCUCAAGACUAUGCAACAGACGAAGAAACGCAUAUCGAACCCCUUGUCGUCAAAGAAGAGCCUGAACAGCAGCCAAUCGACCCCGCAUGCGUUGAGCCCACUGUACAAUGUGCAGUUACAUCCGAAGUAGUAGAAGUGGCAAAGGAAAAGACCUCUUCUUCUGACGAAGAAGAGGUCCAUGACGUCCAUCCAGCCCGCCCUAAGGAGCGUAAAACUAAAACACCGAAAGUUUCAAUUCCGUUGAAAGAGGCAGAGCAAAGACGACGAAGAGCAAGGCUUUCUGAAUCAGAAAGAGAAUCUUUGGAGUUGGCAGAAGCUAUUGAACGUGGAGAAGCCAUUCCUUCACUUACAGCAGCUCCCCAAACUGCGGGAAAACUUUGUGUUACCUUGGAACAAUCAUCGCAGACUAUUGAAGAACCUAUUCCCGAAACCCAGGAAAUAGAAGCCGCCAAAGAAAUUGAACCGACUGAAAAUGACCCAAGUCAAAAGCUGGAAGGAAUUGAAGAUGCUGCAGCUCCGGCACCAGCGAUGGAAGACCCUCAGAUUGCUCCCUCAAUUGAGGUUGAAAUUAUCGCUAAGACUGAACCAAUCGCUAUUGAGGAAAAGAUGCCUGAAAUUGAGGAAAGUGCUCCGAAAGUUGAGGACUUGGAACAACAAAUAGUGCAAUCUGAAGAGUCCAGUCAUCCGUCGGUUCUUAGCUGGGCUACUGUAGUUGCAACCAGCAAACCUGUAAUCACAGAGCAAAAGGAAGAAGUUGUUGAGGAACCUGCCCGUCCUAAGCGUCCUCUGCCCACUUUGAUUGUUGUUGGAGAAAGUGAGGGGCUGCCAGCUUCUGCUGAAACCGAUCCUGAUUCGUUCACUGAAUUCGUUGGCCGUAACGAGCGUCGUCGUAGGAAAUGGCGAUCAUCGCAAUCAGAAUCUCAAGACUAUACAACAGACGAAGAAACGCAUAUCGAACCCCUUGUCGUCAAAGAAGAGCCUGAGCAGCAGCCAAUCGAAUGUAAACCUGUUGAAUGUGAACCCCCUGUGCAAUCUGCCGAUGCAAAUCUACCUCUUCCAGUCGAGCUAGUAAAGGAAAAAGAUUCGGAUGAAGAAGAGGUCCAUGAUGUCCAUCCAUCCCGCCCUAAGGAGCGUAAAACUAAAACACCGAAAGUUUCUAUUCCGUUGAAAGAGACAGAGCAAAGAAGACGAAAGGCAAGGCUUUCUGAAUCAGAAAGGGAAUCACUAGAGUUGGCUGAAGCUAUUGAGCAUGGAGAUGGUUAUCCACUGCUUCAUCACGACCUCCAUGCUGAUUCAUGGCCAAAAGAUUCAUCAGCAGCUCUCCAAAAUUCUGAAAAGCUUUGGGUUAUCUUGCAACAAUCAUCACAGAAAAUUGAAGAAACUGUCCCAGAAAUUGAAACCAUCAAGGAAAUCGAACCUACUGAGAGCGAGUUCAGUCAAAAGUCGGAUACGUUUGAAGAUGCCUCAGUUCCGGCACCGACUGUGGAAGAGAUUACCUUAAUUGAGGCGGAAGCAGUCGCUGAGCCUGAUGUCAAUGUUGGGCAUAAAGAAAUCCCUUCGACAGAAAUUGAACACAUUGAAGAGGUUCAGACCGAACCAGCCGCUAUUCAGGAGAAGAUGCCUGAAGUUGAGCAAUCUGCUCCACAAAUUGAGGACUUGGAACAACAAAUAGUGCAGUCAGAAGAGCCGAUCGUACCGCAAGGUAAAAUAGAAGAAACUGCUCCACAAGUUGAGGAGCAACAAUCAGUCCAACACGACGAUGCUCAUCCGUCGGUGCUUAGCUGGGCUACUGUAGUUGCAACUAGCAAACCUGUAAUCACGGAGUCAAAAGAAGAAGUUGUUGAGGAACCUGCCCGUCCCAAACGUCCCCUGCCCACUUUGAUUGUCGUUGGAGAAACUGAGGGGCUGCCAGCUGCUGCUGAAACCGAUCCUGAUUCGUUCACUGAAUUUGUUGGCCGUAAUGAACGCCGUCGUAGGAAAUGGCGAUCAUCGCAAUCAGAAUCUCAAGACUAUGCAACAGACGAAGAACCUCAUGUUGAGCCGAUUUCUUUGGUUGUCGAAGUAAAGCCCGAGCAACAAUCAGUCGAACCCAUUGAACCCGAAGUUCAAUGUGCUAGCAAAGUUACAUUUGCACCAGCGAAGGUGAUGAUAGAAACCGAUUCAGAUGAAGAAGAGGUCCAAUCAGCCCGUCCUAAGGAGCGUAAAGCUAAAACAGCCAAAGUUUCGAUUCCGUUGAAAGAGACGGAACAAAGAAGACGACGAGCGAGACUUUCUGAAUCUGAAAAAGAAUCGCUAGACUUGGCGGAGGUCAUUGAACAUGGAGAGGCCACCCCGCAGCUCUACUACGAUUUAUUUGCUGAUUCAUGGCCUCAUCCUUUCUUCGUUUUCCUUCGUGACGCUGAAAGUCGCUGGAAGGAACAGGAUGCUAGUAGACAGGCAGCUCAAGUUCAACUGCCUCCAGUCCAGGAAUCGAUCCAGCAAUUAACUCAAGAUCCACAAGAACUUGUUUCAGUUCAAGAUUCAACCCCAGAACAACCAACUGCACAAGAUUCAGCAAAAUUACCGCAAGAAGAAAAAUCUGCCGGUCCUUCGGAAGAAUCAUGUGAUCAAACAGAUCAGGUCCCCGAAAUUUCUGGUUGGGUCAUUAAGGAAAGCCCCGAAAAAGUCGUACCGGUGGUGGCAAAACCACUUUCAUGGGCUGCCAUGGUUGCACUCUCCAAAUCUUCAUCAAUCCCGGCGGAAAAAGCUCCCGAACCAGUCGAACAGAUUGCGCCCCGUCCGCACAAAACCCCAGUCUUUGUAGUCUAUAGCGAAGAACCGCAACAUCCAGAGCCGAUCAGCAGCGACGAUCCUGACGGUUUUCACGAAUGCGUCAGUCGUAAAGAAAAGCGCAGACGCAAGUGGCGUUCAUCUCAGUCAGAAUCACAAGAUGCCGAUAUCGUAGCCGAAGCAGAAGCAGUUAAUAUCCCCGAGUCAGCCCCUGUUAUUGAGCCCUCCCAACUUUCUGAUGUUAACGUGGAAGCGGAAGUAGUCAGCUCUCAGCAGCCAGAACUUCACGAAAAACCGGAUAGUAAAUCGAAACGGGCCGUCGUUAAAGUUGAAAAACAAACGAAAGAGGUUGAACGUAAACGAGCCAAGCGUCUAUCCGAAUCGGAAAGGGAAGCUCUUCAGCUGGCCGAAGCCAUUGAGAGCGGUCAGGAUGUUACCAACAAAUGCCCCGUCGUCGUUGAUGAUUAUUGGCCCGACAAGUUGAUGUACAGCGACAUUGAGAAAUCGUGGCAAGAGAGUUUAAGUGUUUCCGCUGACCGAUUAGAUGAUAAGAAUUUGAAAUCAAGUCGCGAUGGUCGAACACCCGAUUCCGAUCCCAAAGGUCCCUCCACUCCUCAACCCCCCUCCUCCGACGAUUCCUCCGACAGUAGUAGUAGAUUACCAACAACACAGAACCUCGACAACAUCCAUCUGCCUGGUGAUCGGGCCAUCUUUUCGGAUGAAAGCACUUACCUCAGUGAAUCUCAAGAAGAUCAACAACAAAACGACUACCAGGCUAUAACCACCGAUCUUGAUGAAAUGUUGGCUCAACUGCAACAAGUGGAAAAGGAUCUUCUUCAAUUCAAUUCCCAGCAAAUCAAAGACCGUCUGCCGCUGAUUGAAGCCGUUAUGGAAUCCCUUGAGGAAAUGGAACCUCGAUUGAUAGACGUGGACAAUAAGACUAAAAAUUUGACAGCCGAAGAUCCUGAAUUAGAUUCCCUCCGCGCUGCUGUAGCAAGUCUUAGGGCUCGCCACAUCACAUUGGAAUCUCAAGCUUGUCGAUACAAACAAAAGCUAGAAGAUAUGGCUGAAGCGCAAAGCAAUGAAAAUGAUGCCCCCAAACAGGAUGUUGCCGAACCUAAAAGCAGUGAAAAUGAUGCCCCCAAACAGGACGUUAUUGAAGUUAAAAGCAAUGAAAAUGAUGACCUCCAAAGAUAUCAGGCACUUCUUUCAGAUCUCGAUGACUGGGUCAGCUCUACUCAUGGCCAAUUGAGGGCAGAAUUACCCAAAUUCACCUCGGUCAGUGCCGUCCUGAAAGAAAUGGAUUCGAGCAAGCGAUUGGAACAGGAUAUAACGAAGCGCAACGAGCAGCUGGAGGAUUUGAUGAAACGGUGCGGAACGCUGCAGCACUCGGUGGCCGAGACGGAACCACUGGCGACGCAGCUCUACGAUCAUUUGUGCGUUCUGCAACGUAGCUUUGCAGAGGCAGGCGCCCAGUUGCACAACCGACUGCUUCUCCUGCAGGCAUGUCUGGUCGAGCUUGAGGAGAAAGAAGUCUGUGUCGACAUUAUUCCCAGUCCCGACCCCCUACAAGAUGAUACGGCCGUCAUUGCUGAUGACACGCCAAACGCGACUUCUGCCCGCCAAGUACUUCUAAAUGAUCCUAUCGAACCCAUAUCAGUAACGGCUGACGAAUGCCCGAUAAAUAAGGACGAUGACAAGUUAGUCACGCAGUCCGUCGUGCAAAAGACCAUUCGAGUCAUUCGACGAACUGUCCUGCAAAAUGGCAGGGAGAUAUCUGUGGAGGAACAAGUAGAAGAAGAACCAGCCGGUGGAACGGUUCCAUUGGCUGUUGAGACGAAAUUGAUCCCUCCCAAACGCGGGUACUUCCGGAUACCCUCGCCUUUCGGUAUCGUCGAGGAGCCCAACUAUCAGGAUGAGCAACACGUUCAAAAAGAUGAUAAAGGCACUGUCGAGAUUACUGACAUAACAGAUCAAUAUGACGACCGAGAAGCCUCAAGUUCGGGCCCGCCGAUGGACCAAUUCAUUGAAAUUCACGAGGUUCUCGAUGAUCACCAAAUCACUGAACAGCCGGAGAGCUCACAAAAAGUCAUAGAAGUUUUUAGUCCAAACGAGGACGUGACGCCUCAGAGCCAAUCGCGCACAGUCUUUGAGACACUUCAUGAGCAGGAAGAGGAACCGGAACACGACGAGAGUACUGAAAUUGACUCUGUUGAAACUCAGAUGGAAGUAAAAGUAAGUGAUGAACCCAGCAAUAUCCUCGAUGAAAAAGAAUCUGAGCAAACACCGCAAGUCGAACCUGAACUUACGGACGAGUUCCAACAAUCGAACGAGGAAGUCACUUUCCAGAUGGUAAUUGAGGUACAACAGCAACCCGCAGAAGUAUUGGAAGAAGGUCUCAUUAAAGAACCGGAUAACCAAACAAGUAGCGAGCCUACCACGGAAGCAGUACAACCAGCCGAACCUGAACUUAAAGGAGAAUUCAAAGAAAUUGAAAAUAAAAUCGAACCUGAAAUAGUAACUCAGGUACCAGAGGAUACCGUGGAGACUUUCUAUGAAGAACUCGCUAAAGUCCCCGAGGCUGUUAAGGAGACAAGUGGUGAGCUUGUAGUAGCAGAUGAAGCGCAACCAAGAGUCGAGACAGAAUCUCCAAUUACAGAAGAAGCACCGCAAAGCCAGCCGGAAGUUACAGAUGGACUCCAAGAAUCGGAGAUCAUUUCCCAAGUUCUAACUGAGGUACAAGAUGAGCCCAAAGUAGAGUCUACAAUAGAACUUGAUGUUGAUGUGCGCAACGAGCCUGCUGUUGAACGUGAAGAACAACUUUUACUUGAAGAAGUCAAUCAAGAGAAAACUGUAGCUGAUCCUCAAGAAAAACAAAUAGCCGAGCUGAACACGGAAUCGAAACAAGAAUCCGCAACAGAGUUGGAAAAAAGUCCCGAUUCUGCUGAAUGCCAAACAGAAACAAUUAAAUUGGUUAUCGAUUCUCCGAUUGAGCCUACACCCGAAAUCUGCAAAGAACCAUGCGAGGAACCACUAGAGGUACAGAUCCUGCAAUAUCUCGAAGGACAGAUCCUGCAACAACUCGAACUUCCUGAAAUUGUUCCCAAAACAGAUCCGGAAUGUGAAACCAAAGCGGAGGAAACACCAGUUUCUGCUCAACAAAUUCAAGCAUCUACUGAGCCUGAAAGCCAAACAAAAGUUGAACUUAAACAGUCAAAUGUCUCUGAAGAAAAUGCAAAAAUGGUUAAAGCAUCGCCCGGUUCCAUACCGUCCUCAUUAGGAGACGAAAGCGAGUCUGAGGUUGACAAUAUGGACUGGAACGUCUCACCUGACGAUGAACGCCAAUUUGACGAAUACUUUAAGGAUGAAAGGCCUUCCUCUGCCGCUUCUGAUUCAUCAACUUCUACCGACACUACUCAUCUCGAAUCGGUUUUAGGUGAACCCAUUGAAGAUCUUGAAGCUUCCAUUUCUCCAGUGACGGACACGCCUGAUACCUCUAGAGACACGCCAACCCAAGAAACAAUGUCUUCCGAAGUAGCAGCUGUUGAAGAAAUUGAAGCAGAAAAAGAAGUAAGCUGCCAAACAACAAUUGAAAGUUGCCAAGAAACUAGUGGUAAAAUUGAAGAAACCGUUCAAUUACCUGAAACUAAAGAAAGCAGCUCUGAAGAUGAAGUAGAAGAAAUAGCGCCGGUUCCAAUCGAAGCUGAAGAAGAAUUUAUUGUCGUCGAAGAAAUUUUACAACAAAUUCUAGAACCAAGUGACGUGGCUGUUAACAAGGAUUUUGAAACGGAAAAAGUUGUUGCUUCCGAAGAAAAAAUGCCGAUUGAAUUGGCAAAGCAGCUCAGUCAACAGUUGGUCGACGAAGUCCUUAAGGCAGUGGAAUCUCAUCCAUCGCUGGAGAGCAUGAUCCAUGAAAAUGUGAUCCAAACUUCACCGACAGACCCAAGUUCAUCAUCUGAAAACGACCAAGAAUCUUCUUCAAGUGAAGACGAAAGCGGCUGGUGGGUGGUCGGCUCUCCAGAAAGAAAAGAGAAAACAACAGAAGAACCUUUUGAAAUUGUUGAAAAAGGCGAAGUUACUGAACUGGCACCGAAUGAAACUGAACCACAAUUGGACGAAGUCGUUUUGUCGACUACACCAGAAAAUCAGUUGGCUAAAACUGUUGAAGAAUUGAUCGUUCCAUCCGAUUCGGAUGUGCUUCAAGAGACAAUCUCAAAAUCAGUUAAAACGGAAUCGUCGACUAACGUGACUAUCAUCAGAGUAGGCUACGAGCCCCCCAACGAAGAUCAACAGUUCGUUGAAACAUUAUCGAUUGAAUCCGUGAAAGACGACGUCGGAGAUUUGACUGUGAACGAAGUGCAACAAGUGGCUGAGACACCGUCAAUUGAAUUCCCACCAGACGAAACAUCCGGUACAAUGGACGAAGAGGAACUUGUUUCUGUAUCUCCCACAAUUGACUCUGAGAAAAUUAUAGAAAUGGGCGAGAAAAUCUUGGAAGCCCUUCCCGGUAUCGUUGAACAGUUGUCCAACAUUGAAACGCUGAUUGAAGACGACGAAAAAGACGUCGGUGCCGUGCUGGAACGUUCGCAAUCACAAGAAGAAGAAUCAACAAAAGAAAAAGGCGACGAAUGGAACACGCUAACCGAACAUCGGGAAUUGGUGGCUCCGACGUUGGGUGAAAACACCACCGGACCUCCUAUAGACGACAGCCAGCUAAUGGAAAAAGUUGCUCGAUUAGUCUCGGAUCGAGUGGCGAUGGGCCAAGAAGAAGCCCAACAAUUGGAGCUCAACACCGAAUGGCAGGAGAUUCAAGAUCUACUUGUCAAUCGGCUAUCGGAUCAGUUGAGACAAGGUGCCAACUCUUCGACACAGACUUCCAGCGUCCGCUACUUGGCGACGACGACCCAAGUCACUGUGGAUGAAUCUGUUGAAGAGCGUAAAGUGAAACUUAACGAUAACUUGGCUGCGCUCAAGACAGCUGUUCAGCGCAGAGAAGUGGUUGUUAUUCAACGGAUUGUCAUCACCAUCGUCCGAACAGUCACCGAAUGGUUGGAGACAAUCGAGUACCGAGUCUACACCAUCAAGCAGACGAAGAGCAUGGAGCGGCGAACCGAACAAAUUCAAAGCCUUUGCGAGGAAGUUCGCGUCGUUGAAGAGACUCUCAACACCUUGGAAGAAAUCACAGAAAUGGCCGUCGAAGUGGUCAACGAAGAAACCAAAGUUUUGUUGCACAAGUGCGUCAAAUCGCUCAAGCAACAAAUGCAGUCGGUUAGCGAAGUGACGAAACGAAGUGAAGGGGAAAUCGAACACAUCCGGCGGCAGUGGUCGGAAUAUUUGGACCUGAUUAGCAGCGAAGAAGACCGCAUUAAAGACCUCAUGAAUCAACUGAAACAGUUGCAAUCAGCUGAGACACUGACCAGUCAAGAAAAACUUGUCCAGCUUGAAGAUAUCGAAACGGCAGUACAGGAGCGUCUUGAAGGUGUGACCCAGUUACUUCAUUCCGGACACGAUUUGGUGAAGGAAACUCCUUUCUAUCAAAUGCCAGAGAGCGCUUAUGCCCUGUUGGAUACCAUCAAAAUCAUUGAAGAGGCUGUACGGGACGAACGUAACGUCGUAUUACACAAAGCUGCCCUGACGGCCGAAUACCGGCAAACACUGCAAGAAUUCGCCGAAAUCGUCCGGCUCUCUGAAGCGCUGUCCGACAGCAAAUUGGCGGCCCGAAAUCUACCAGAAGCUUCGCAAGAACUGGAGAAACGACAACGAUUCCUAUUCUGCCUUAGCCACUUCCUGCAGGUCCUAGACACACUCGAACCUCAUCUCGACCGAGACACUCGUUCACUCUGCCAAGAGCUUCAUGCGGAGCUUGUCAUUCAUGCCGGAGCGAUAUUGGAUCGGGCUGUCAACCGACAGGAGAUUGUGGAAAUGAGUCUGGCAUCUUGGAAUCAUUUGGAACUGCAGUGGAACCAAGAGGACGAAUGGUUCCGACAGCUUCAAAUACCUGACACGUCAAAUGUCAGCAGCGAAGCAUUCAUUGAACUGGCUGAAUCUCUCAAGGACGUUAUGGAGUCGAUGGAACAUCAUCGAUCGGUGGCAGCUCAGUUGAUUGAAUCGACCAGAAAUUUAGACUGUUUGUUCUCCGACCCCGGAUUGGAGACAAAAUUUCAAGAAAGAAUUAUGCAAUUGCAAGAAAUGAUCAACGAUACUAGAUCCGCUUAUCGACGAUUAUUGCUAGCCGCCGAUCACUGGAAUCAAUUCCAAAAAUUCGCAUCGCACAUUGAUCCUUGGCUCAAAGAGGCGACUGUCCAACUACAGAUGCUAGUGAAUAAAGCUGAGCGAGGAAGAUUGAGCCACGAAGACUGCCUGCAAUAUUGGGUGGUAAGGGCUGAAGCUGAAGAAAAGCAACAAGAGUGGGAGCAAGCCAAAACGCAGUUGGACAGAGCCGUCGCAUUUGUCUCCAUCCUAGACGAAGAUGAAAGCCGCCGCUUCUGUUUGCAAAUUGACGAGUCAUGGAUUCAACUUGACCGUGAGUUGCAAGCUGUCGAGAAAGCUUUGCUGCAAGGACUAGCCCAGCAAGCGGACGUUCCGCUAGACGACCGCCUCAUUUGCAUCGAGUGUUCGCACGCUCGCAUUCAAAGUGCGCUGGACCAACUUCCCGUCAAGUACGGAAGUCCGGAAGAAACCACAACCCGCCGGAAGGAAUUACAAGCUUUGUACAAUUUCACCGAGUGGCAACUGAAAGAGAUAUCCGCUCUUGGGGCGUCGAACCCGCAUCUGGCGGCUGACCGUGCGGAACAUUUGGGAGUUUUGGCCAGAAGAACCAAGGAGAUGACGAACGCUAUUCAUCUGCGUUUGGAAAAAUUACGCCAAGUUCACCAGUGGAUGAUAUCUUUCCAGCGCUUGUACAGCGUCACCUCCCGGCGUCUCCAGGAGGUCUUCAUCUGCCUGCAAAAAGCGUCUAUUUAUAGAGAUCCCUUGUGGCUGGCUCAAGCAGCCCAGCUGUGCGAGGAAAGCGAACGUGAGCUUCAGUCGAUUGACGUCGAGGCGGGCAAGUUACAACGACACUUGGAAGUUUGCCCGAAAGAUGGCGUGACAGCCGCCGUAGACGAAAACAGCUUCGUCGAGUCGAUCCUGCAGCUGGACCAGUCACGACAACGGUCUCGUGAUCUAUUGCAACUUACACGGGUCUCCGUGGCCGAGCGACUGGAACGUUGGAAAUUAUUCGAGGAUUCAGUGAACCGCGUACUGUGUCUCAUCAAGCGGCUCAAAUAUGCACGUAACAUGGCCACAAUUAAAGGCUCUGCUGAUCUACAGCGCCUUCUCUCCGCUAAGCAAUCGAUAGAGACGAUACACGAGGAAUUGACGACCAACCAACAUCUAGUGAGCCAAGUUGGAUUGUUGGCCGAACCGUUUGAACCGCUAGCCGGCGAACGGGCAGCUGACGUGGGAGUGCAGUGGACAGAGUUGGAAUCAUCUUUGGAUCGUCUGUCUAAUUGUUACGGACAUGCGGCCGCCGACUGGAUGGGCAUCGAAGCCGAACUCGACGAUAUUCAACAAUGGUGUUUGCUUAAGUUAGAGUGGACCCAACACAGCGUCACACCUGGCGAGGAGGACGAAACCUUGGCACAAAUCCAGGCUAUCGGAGAGGAACUUUUAGUGCAGCAAGAACGUCUUGAACGUGGCAGAUUGGCGGCCAGUGAACUGGGUCGCGCUAUCGCCAUGAGUCCCGUCAUUAUGGACAAUUCCAUCUCGGUGGUGGGUGCGGAUGCCACUUCGGCUAGUAUGCCCGUCAGUUUGGCAUCAACAGCCGAACACGUCGCCCAGCAAUUACAGUUACUUCAGCAGUCCAUGAGCGUGCUGGCCGAUAUCGCCGAGAGACAAAGCAGCGCCGUCAGUAAUUGCAACGGCACAAUCCUCUCGGCGGAAAAGCUCAUCAACACCGCACGACAGACGUUAUGCACCGUGGAAGAGGACGCGGCUGGUGAGCGCAUCGAGGACCAGUUGGUUGUUUUGCGGGAUCAAUUGCUCCAACUGAGCCCCACCGAGCAGCAACUAAACAGCGCGCCAAUUAGCGAACAAUUGCCCGUUACCGUGGAAAUUCGGCCGCAGGCUGCCCUUUGCGCCACGACCUCAACCAUUCAAACUACUUUACAACAAUGGGAAAUCAUUUUCCAAAAGACUUUUUCAGAAUACGAGAGGCUAUUGAAUAAGUUACAGGAUCGCUGCGAUGAGUCGGCUACUGCACAAGUGUGGCGGGACCAUCUUGAUCAAGCUGAGAAAUACCUCAGCCGCUCGCUACCCGAUCAAUACCUGUCCACCUGCGAGGAUCGUGAUUUGUGCGAGCUGCACGAGAACUUGCUGAUUCGUCAUCAUUCGGUCUUCCAAUCGACUCAAUCAAGCAACGAGGCACGAGAAGUCCAAGGGGCUGAACCCACGGAAGAAGUCAUUGAGCCGAAAGUUGCGUGCAAUCUCCAGGGUUUGCACCAGGCUGUCUUAACACGCAUUCGCCUACGCCAUGCGGCCCUGAGUGACAGAGCUUUGGCAUGGGAACAGUAUCGUUCGUCGUUAUCAAAACUUUUGACGUGGCUGGACGCUGCCGAACGAGAGCGCAAGCACCUCGUCCUGCGCCAAAUCCAAGAACAUGGCCUACCGACAGCACUGCAUCGAGUCGAAGUUUUAUUGGAUAAGAUCGGCCAGGGACAAAGGAUCCAGGCCGAGCUCGACAGAGCUGCCCGUCAAUUGCUGGAAAAGCUCGGCGAUGAAGAAAGUGCCUCUACCGUUCGUGCGGAUUUGAAAUCAGCUGCCGCUCGUUUAACGGACCUCGAAGCUGGACUUUGUACGUGGCGUGAUUUCCUGCAGCGAGUGGCCCGCCUAUACCAAAACCUGGAAAAGGGAGUAGAAGGCAUCCGCCAACAACUGCAGUCAGUCCAAACUGAUUUGGUAGCCGACAACGAACUUCCAACUUCUCCUGAAGCUGCUGCGGAACUUCUUCAGCACUAUAGAGAACAAUUGCUUAUGGUACAAACCCUAUCUUCCGACGUUGAAAAGCAAGAAGUCGUUGCUGGAGAAAUCCGUUCGUGUGUCAACAUUCCCGACGCCAAACGCAUUUGGCAGCGUCUCGCAGCUCUUCAAAUCCGACGUUCAGAAACGGAAGAUCGCCUGAAUUCAUUGAUCCAAAUGCUGGAGGAACACCAAGACUGGCCCAAAGUCUUUGAAAUGCGAUAUGCUCGCUUCAUCAGCUGGGCAUCAACCAUGGAACAGCGUUUGUUGCACAAGCAGCGAGCGUUAGUGGACGAUAUGGUGCAGCGACUUUCUGGUCCCUUGCGGGAUGAGUUAUCGGCAAAAGAAUGCGAACAGCGCUGGUUGGUCGACCAAGGCCGGGAAUUGAGUCUCGUCUGCAGUAACCAAGAACGAAGAGACGAGAUUCUGAGCAAAGUUGCCAACGUGGAGGAGAUCUGGCGGAAAUUGAUGGAAACAUGGAAUCAAGAGUUGCAGCGACUGCGACAGCUCCCUACAGAUUUGGACGAACUCAACAACAGUCUAGCCGAAUUGGCCGUCUGGCUGGGUCAAGCUGAAGCUACCAUCAACGCCCCGCUGACUAUUUUGGCUUGCAAUCAAUCGGCCGUCGAGAGCCGGGUCGCCGAGCAUCGUGAUCUGGAGAAUUCAAUUGAACAAAAGAGAUCUAUUGUUGCGUCCGUCCUGAAUCUGUGCAAUACCUUCACUGCCAAUUACACCUUAUUGCACGGAUGGCUGGGUACGGAUCUAGAUGCGGUACAGUGCGCCACGCAAUCUCUACAGCGACGUUGGAAAUCCAUUUGUCAACUAGCCAGUGAAAGAUCUGCACUCUUGGAAUCAUUGUGGCCCGACUGGUCGGCCGUCCUCGAAUUGCACGGGCAAUUGGAUCAGACUAUGUCAUGUAUCGAACAAGCAACACCCAGCGACACUAGUGGAGCCACAUCUAUCCAGGAAGUGGAACAGUUGAGUGCUCUUUUAGAGAACCUUAUCCAGGAACUUCAUGCUCCGGUAACGCGCCAGAAGCUUGACCAACUCAAUGAACGAUACUGUAUCUUGGCUCGGGACGGGCGAGUUGACGCUGCCGGUGAAUUGCAGCAAAUUGUUGCCCGUCUAAACGCCCGAUGGAGAGAUCAAUCUGAUCGACUUUCCUCCCUCCUUCAUGCCGUUAGAGAUGCAUCCUCAUUGAUUCAUCACUGGCAGGGACUGCGAGACCGACUUUUGGUUUGGUGUUCACACUGUGAAGUUCAGGUGCAACAGAUCGAGAACAAUGCCCUGACUGGAGAGACUGAUGCCGUAGAAGUUCUGAGGCAAUUAUCGGAAGAUUUGCAAGUUUUGGAGAAUGCGAGAGCCGAAAUAAGAGAACUAGGCCGUGCUCUCAUUAAGCAAGGAACAGUUGAUAUGCAACCACAACUGGAAGAGUACCUGCAAACCGAGGAUGAAGUCUUGCUGAAGAUGGCCCAGAUGCAAGUUCGACUGGCUCAAAAAGAACAAGACCAGCAGCAAUUAUCAGCUGUUGCGGCCAGCAUAAUAUUGGGCGCCGAAAAUAUUAGUCUCUCCGACUCCGGAAUAUACAGCUACCCGAUGGAAAAAGAAGCUCUCCAAGGAGCAGUUCCGUCUAUUCUCGACGAUAGUGCCAUCAGUUUAUCGGCUCCGGACGGUCGGAAGCUUUCCGUUUCCGUUGAAACUGCCAGAGCUGCGUCUCCUUCAAAAGUCCCACCAUCUAAGCCUAUCGAAGAGACUCAAGUAGCAGCGACGGGAGCCAAACAGCGCACCUACGCCGAUGUGGCGAAAACGGCGGUCGUUUCUUCUCCGUAUCAGAGAUCCACUCCACCUCCGGUUUCCGUCAAAUCUGACACGCAACGACACCUGGAAUUGGCUCUUGACGAGUGGAGGCAAAGAUUGGCUCGUCUGGAUCACUCGAUCAAAACAUCCAUCAGUACUGAACCGUCCACCGACGCCGCCAACGAAAUCGCCCGAAUGGUUGCCACCUGCCGGUCGUCACAUGACUUAACCCAACAUCUGUGUAACCGCCUCGUCACUGAAUCACCGACUAACGAAUCUCGACUGGAAGCGCUGACCCGACAAACGAUGGUCCUGCAAGAAGAAUUCCAGCAGCUUGAAAUGCUGGCCAAAUCGAAGGAGCGCAACUUGCGAGAUGAAAGCCCUGUUUUGGGACCGUCAAUUAGCGGGCAUGCGCUAGCAUCGCCACGCUCCUCGUCCACUGCUGUCGGUGGGAAAUCAACUUCAUGUCCCCUGUGUUCCAGGAAAACAUGGGCUCAACAAGAGCAGGAUCUUUGGCGACUGGAAAGAUGGCUGGAGCACGCAGAAAAUCAAUUCCGUACUCACGAACGCAUUCCGACUAACAUGGAACAACUGGAAGAUACCGUCCAAGACUUCCGAGAACUGUCACUCGACUUGGAUAGUCACAAAAACAUUGUCAUGUCGCUAAAUAUCGUCGUCAACCACGUCGCUGAACACGCCGUAACCGCCGAUCAGCGAGCUGCCGAUCGUCUUCGAAGUCGAUUGGCCGCGGCCAAUAGCCGUUGGGAUGCUGUGUGCAAGUCGGCAGCUCGCAUCCAAGCCAGACUUCAAUCAUCUCUCAUGCAGAACGAAGAAUAUCACCGUACCAUUCGUGACCUCGUCACUUGGUUGGAAAGAACGGAAACGGAUAUCCAAGGCGCCGAACCCAUCGACCUGACCGUGGGCACUAAACAGCUGAAGGCCCAGCUGACGAAAUUCCAGGAUUUAUACGCCCAACUGAGUCAAUUUGAACCACGCGUGACGUCUAUGCGGGAAAUUGCCGACCAAGUUUUCGCUCAGUCGGUUGAAGCGGACAGUGCGCAACUCAGAUCCAAAUUGGCCGUCUUGAACGAUCGUUUGACCUCCUUGCUAAAGAUCUGUGCUCAGUACAAGCAAUUACUGGACGGAGCAUUGCGUAACCGGGGAGCUUCCGUCUCGCCGUCCACUCCAUCCGGAUUGAACUUAAGCGGAAUGUCGUCUCCUGGCAAGUCACCGCGCCCUUCCAUCGUUGUUUUACCAUCACAUGAGUCACCAAGUCGGGCGUCAUCUCCGAGAGUUCCCCGCGCCUCGUCCAUGGACGAGCGUACAUUUACCAGCACAGUUCAUUCCAAUUUUGCUGUUGCGACUGCUUCAGCCCUAACGCCGGAACGGGAGGAAUCAAGUGGAAAUGCUGCUGCUGCGGCUGCCGUGGACACGAGCGUAUUGCAGCGCGGUUAUCGCUUCUUCGGACGAGUAAUCCGCACGGCGCUGCCCAUUCAGGCCGUGAUGCUUCUGGUUCUGGGCGUCGCUUCCCUGGUACCAAGUAACAACUCUUGUAUGGAUGCCAACACGUUCGUCGAUUCGCUCGAGUUCGUUCUCGGCUAUCCGGACGGGGCACCGCCUACUUAAACAAAACAAAAAACCACGCCUUUGCAAAUCUCCCAAGUUUCCUCUCUAUCCUGUUCACUCCCACUCCCCCUUUUGAUUUAGAAGUUGCUAUAUCCGAUGUCUUUGAUGAUGAUGAAAGGAAGUUCAAUGCCGGUGCUACCCUCCACAAAAUUGACAAAUUACUGAAUGAGGGAAAGAGACUUCAUAUUUAUCUAAAGACGACCGUCAAAGAAAAUGUUGCCAAAAUUUGAAGAAGAAAUUAUUGUCAUUGCGCUUUAAAAAGAAGGAACGAAAUCAGAGGUGGAGGCCAUCUACCAUUUCCCCAGAUCGCGAAUGUAUUGUUUGUUUGUUUUUGGCGUGGUAAUGAGAGAGAAAUUUGUAAACAAAAAAAAUAACGGUGAUAGACAUUUUCGUUUAAAAAAAUUCGUGUCGCGUUUCUGGGGGUAGAAAAGUAAAUGUAAGAAAAGAGAAAAUUAACUAACACAAUGCUGCCGGCGCUUUAAUAUUAGUACGUCUUCAACCGCACACACGUGAAAGGAAAAUUUGCAAAAUUCUGAUAAUGGGCCCUUAUCAAUUCGGUUGUGCUGUGUGUGUGCGUGUGUGUUUUUUUUUUCCAUGUCAGGAAUUGAGAAGUUAUUCAUCGCUAAUCCGGCCAUAUCAAAAUUCUAAUAUUUCUUUCGAGGAAAAGAUGAAACGAAACUUGUCACUCGGCGGAGUGGAACACGCCGUUUGCCGACUUUUGUUUUGUUGUUUUCCGAUACAAUUUAUUGAGAUCUUUAAAGACAUUAACAGAGAUUUCAAAUUUGCCCGUGUUCUACGGUUCUGUUUCUUUAUACCCACCAUGAAACCCAUAUGUGCUCUUAAUGAUGCUACAUGCUAGUUACAAGCUAUUACUCUCGGUUCUCUCUUAUAGACUCUGCCUCUAGUCUCUUCGAUGUAAUCCCUCUUUUCAUGGUUUUCUUUUUACCAGAUUUAACUUUGGUUUUGUUUUCCUUUUCUCACUGUACGCCUAACCUCAAAAAGACAUUUAUCUCUUUUCAAAUGUAAGAAAAACUGUUGUUUUUUGUUUCAUUAUUAUCAAAUCCUUUUUUUUCUGAAUCAGCAGCUAGCCCCAAACCCAGCAUGUCUAUUGUUACAUAAUGUAUCGCCUGACACGUCGUAAUACUUAUUAUUGGCCGCGGGACAUUGAUUUUUCUUGUGGGAAAUAUUGCGGACGCCGGUUAGGCCACCGCCGACGUUGCAUUCAUUUUGACUGUUCUUUCGCAUGUAAUAAGGAAGGAAAAAAAGGAAGUGAUGUUGAAUACACGUUGAUUUAUUCAUUAUAA